CUCUAGGACUGCAAAAAGGUGACUUUAUCCCCAAUUUAAUCGUGAUGAAAUAGUUAAAUCGAAGCCAUGGUGGGCGUGGCAGCCCGGGGGGGUGAAAGGUGAGAGGUAAAAGGUGAAGAGAUCCCGGCUGCAGGAAGAUGGCUGAGAGGGAGCAGCAGACAGGUCUGUCAGUGGGGACCUACAUACCCCAAAUUAUAACCACACACACGUGGGGGUGCGGGGCCAUCAUGCUGGGACCUGUUACUAUGGAAUCUGGCCCAUGUGGGAGCCUGGAUAAUGUAAACACGACUCUGGCAGGGCUAUUUAUUACAUUCUGCCUUGGUGGGAUGUCAUUUAUAUAUUUAUAUAUAUAUAUAUAUAUAUAUAUAUAUAUAUAUUUCAGGCCAGAAUAAUCAAAUCGAAAUUCAAAUUUUUUCCAAGUCAGCUGUGAUCACAGUAUGGCUGCUGAGAGUUAUUCUUUCUGUAGAUCAAGUUUGUGCAAAAGUCCUAUAGUUCUUAAUUAAUCCUCACCCUGUAUAGUGAUGGUACUUAAAAGAACAUUAAAGGCUGUAGGACACGAAUGCUAUAGUGUUAGCCCACCUAUAUAGAUUAUUGCACCCCACUCCCCCCCCACCAGAAGUAUGUUUAAAAAAAAAAAAAAAAAGCUCUGCAACCAGUCAACAUCUUCUUGUAGAGAUGCAGUGCAUUUCUACAGUGGGUGUUUAGCACUGUAUGUAUGUCCUGCAAUCUUUGUAGGACCUCAUCCAGGAAGGUCCUCUAGUGGCUGUCAGAAUGACAGCCGCUAGAGAUGGUCUUAGGCAUUAGUGUAAACACUGUGUUUUCUCACAGGCUGCAGAGACACUCUAUUUUCCCCAGAACUACUAUAUUAAGCUGUAGUGGUUAUGGUGCCUAUAGUGUCCCUUUAACCCCUUAAGGACCAAACUUCUGGAAUAAAAGGGAAUCAUGACAUGUCACACAUGUCAUGUGUCCUUAAGGGGUUAAAUAAAUGUAACCCAUAACAUCACGUAUGCUCUAUUUGGACUGUGGAGCUGGCAAUCUAGUGGAUUGUAAUAAAGUUUGAUAGUUUACUCUGGGAGUAAAAGUAAUAGCGGGCUGUGGUAGUUAUUUAAUAGUUUAUUUAAUUGGCAAUCCAGUCCCUUGUCACAGUUUCUCUCAUCCUCUUGGAAACUAUUAGUGCUAGCCAAUGUAAUGCUUCCCAUAAAAAAAACCAUAACGUAGGGUGCAUGCAUCCCAUUAAGGAACCUUUAGAAUUAGGACAUGUAUGGCAAAGCUGCUCUUACAAUAAUUCUCUUAAAGAAAAACUGAAACCAAUUUUUUUUUUAGCAGAAGUAUAGCCUUCCUCUUUGUGCUGGGGUACAAAUUGAUCAGAUGGGAUUCUGCAAUCUUGUCACUUUAUUAUUAUUACUAUUAUUCCAAUAAGUGCAUUGUCAUAAACGCAUUACUAGCUGUUAAAUGCUUUUUAAAUAAUAUUUAUUUAUUUUCUUUAGAUCAGGAAAUACCCAUAGGUUAUUUUUGAAAUGUCUGAUAUGUGUUCGUGCUGCGUGACUUGUUAGUACACGCAUGUCUGUGAUUCAACACUACUUCCUAGUUGUUUGUUUAACUUUCUAUUUAUCAUAGUAAAUCAUCCGGCUGGGAGUCACAAUGCAAGCAUUGACAUGCGUCUUUGCAAAUAUGCACAGGUUUCUUACUUUCCCCAAAUUACUAGGGCUCCUCACAAUGACACAUGUAAGAACAUUACUGAUGACAUCCUCAUAUGUAAUCUCAUUUCAUCCUCCAUGAUAAAUCAUGAUAGUUUGUAUUCUUAAUACAUCUCGCCCUGAGGUUAAGCACUUAGGGCAUCAUGUUGUGUUGAGCAGCUGAUUAGUAGGUAUUUUAGUAAUAAAACCCAAUUAAUGGUUCUUAUUUAUUUAGCUUUGGACCCAUAAUCUGUGGUCCUUUUGAUAAAAUCGGUUCCACUGUUGUUACUUUAAAUAAUCUUCCACAGUUACCUGAAUACUCUGCCAGCUGAACUAUGAGCUAGUUUAUCUACUGAAACUUUUCCAGGUUAAAGGUAAAUCUUAGCAUAGAUAAUACAGGAAUCUUACACACAAGCACUUACACUGCACAAUAAAACCAUUCGUCAAGGCUCACACCAGCCUUGGGAUUAUUGGUUGUGGAGACAGAAUGGUCAUUUGUUUCCCCUAAUGAUGCAUAUUUCUAAGCUAAUAAUUUGUAUUUUUCUCCAAAUAGUUGCUUUGAGCCAUUCCUUCAAAAAAUCUCCACUCCUUCAAAAAAAAUCAUUAAAAACACACUUCUUCAUAAAAGCGUAUCAAUUAAACUGUUAAUAGCUCCUGACUGGUUCAUCUUCUGCAACUGUCAUUAGUCUAAUACUAUCCUUACCUUUUUGUGUCAUUUUACCCCACUCCUUCUAGCAUGUAAGCUCAUUGAGCAGGGCCCUUAAAGGACCACUCUAGGCACCCAGACCACUUCAGCUUAAUGAAGUGGUCUGGGUGCCUGGUCCAGCUAGGGUUAACCCAUUUUUUUUUAUAAACAUAGCAGUUUCGGAGAAACUGCUAUGUUUAUCAAUGGGUUAAGCCUUCCUCCAAAUCCUCUAGUGGCUGUCUCAUUGACAGCCACUAGAGGCGCUUGCGUGAUUCUCACUGUGAAAAUCACAGUGAGAGCACGCAAGCGUCCAUAGGAAAGCAUUGAUAAUGCUUUCCUAUGCGACCGGCUGCGCGCGCAGCUCUUGCCGCUCGUGCGCAUUCAUCCGACGGGGCGGAUUCAUCCGACAGAGCUCCCCGCCCAGCGCUGGAAAAGGGUAAGUUUUUACCCCUUUCCCCCUUCCAGAGCCGGGCGGGAGGGGGACCCUGAGGGUGGGGGCACCCUCAGGGCACUACAGUGCCAGGAAAACGAGUAUGUUUUCAUGGCACUAUAGUGGUCCUUUAACCCCUCUGUUCCUGUGUGUCCAACUUGUCUGGUUACAACUACGUGUCUGUUCAUCCACCCAUUUUAAAGCGCUGCGGAAUUUGAUGGCACUAUAUAAAAUAAUAAUUUAUUUUCUAAUCUUUUCUCAUUCUCAAGUUGCUUGUAUAUUUUAUGUCACCAUUGGUACACAAAUACAGUGGAACUGUAGAGGGGCACAAGCUUGCCAGCUGUCGGGAUAAAGGAGGACCGCAGAAACCUGAACUUUUCCCUAUUAAUUUAGUGUGAACGAGUCCUAUAAUAACAAAAGUUCAGCUCUAAUUGCCACUCAAUCAAAGGAAGAGUUUACUCCUCAAAAUCUAUAAAGUUUUAUCAGUUUUUGUGAUGUUUGUAUGGCUCACGUCAAUACUGAUCCAUGGACUUUGAGUCCUAUGAUAAUGUUGAACAAUAAAUGGUAACUCUGUAACUUCAUGACUAUUCCUGGGUUGUAGAUGAGAGGUUUACUUGCUUAUUUGAAGCAGCGGGACGAAAUGUUUAUUUCUCACUUUGCUGCAAGUCUUUAUCAUUACAGAGGGAUUUACAAAUCUGCCAGUGCCACCACUCACAGGAGCGACACUAUAUAAAAAUUAUUGUUCACAGUCAAUAUUAUCACCUGUUAAAAAAGAAUUCGAGGCAUCAUAGUCUUUUCAAGUGGCUCUAUCUCUUCCAAGCAUUUGUUAAAAAUAGGAUCUUUACAGAAUGUCACAUGUUUAUUUAAAUUGUACCAUUUUUCCUUUCUUUCAGACCCCUCUCCAAAGGAUGAGGUCCCUGCAUCUCUUCAUGGACAUUGCUUCAUUGUCCCAAAGAAAGAAAUCAGUACAGUUCCUGAUAUGGCCAAAUGGAAGCGAUCCCAGGUGUUUGUUUUAUUGAAUUCUGUUAAUGAUUAUAUUUAUGGGAUAUUGCGUAGGGUCUGGAAAAUGUAGUUGUGAGGGUUGCCAAGGAUGCGAAGACAUGCUAGACGAGGCAAAUAACUUAGUCCAUAUUAAAGGGUUAUUCAAACCCUUUUUAAGUAGUACAAUACAAACUUGUACUCCUAACAUCAUAGUGUGCCCUGUCCCUAACUUAUUUGCUCCCCCACUGCCCCCCACACCUCUGCUCCUGAAAGGAUAAAAAAUAUUUUUCUCCCACCUGCCUCUUUCCAGCACCGAGGUCUCUCAGCUCUGGCUAGAUUUUCUCCUCCCGAGACUUAACGCCGAUGAGGGAACUAGAACUUACCCAUAGAAAAGUAGUAAACUAAAGUGUGAGGCUGUCCAGCAUCAUUUCACAGAGUAAAACUCCAUUAGAGACCAGUUGUCUUAACAGUGCAAUGUAAACAUUGUAUUUUCUUUAAAACUGCAAUGUUUUAAAGCGACGAGUUAUUAGACAGAGACACUGUACCCAGAACACUUCAGUAAAAUGAAUUGAGGACUAAAAGUGGUAAACGUAGUAAGUGCCAAAAGCGAAAAUGUUGGGAAAUCGCAAAAAACUUUUUUUGCUCAUAUCUGGCACUUCCAACCAGUGACCUCUUUACACGCUCUUUUGAACUACUUAGAGGACUACCAGGCACUUUUCAAGUUUACCACAUUAUAAAGCAUUGCUUAUUUGACACUUAAACGUGAAAACCGGUGUUUGAAUUCUUUUGGCACUUACAUUUUUUUAGUCUUCAAUUGUUUUGAGUGCCUAUAGUGUCCCUUUAAAAAGCCAAAAGGAUCAUGAAGCCCCAUGCUCCCCAUCAACAUCCCUACUGAAAAAUCAAACUAUCUGCUUUUCAUCAUUACACACUUGUAGCAUUUGAAUAUAUUUUUUCUUAGACCAAACGUAGGCUUAGUAACAAACACAAAGUGCGCAUCAUUGCAGUCAGAGAAUGUGUAGUAGGCGCCCUCUAGUGAUAUAAAUUCAUAUUACACUGCAGAGAUCACAUAUUUUAGGAUUGGUUUUAUUUUUGGCUUCAGUCAGUAGAUGAAGUCAAAUUUAAAACAUGCCUUUUAAAUUGAUUUCAGUCCACAUGACUUGGGAGUAAGGUUCUAGAAGUGUAUUUUCUUGUGGCUUGAUUUAUGAUUCUUUAAAAUGAUCAGUUGUUUACUGCAUACAAUUGCAAAUGGCUUCUAGUAUUAAUGCAGCCAUUACCAUGUAGCACUCAAAGUAUGAUUAGAACGUUUUCCAAAACUUGAAAGAGCUUCAUUUAUUUAUUUUUGUUGUGCAAAGGAAAAUAUCUUCCUUAGAUAAAAUCAGAGCUAGUGGAAAUGAUGAGUCUGAUAGAACAUAUUUUCUUCACAGAUGAAUGGAAAUAUAGUAUAUGAGGUAUAAAAACCUAUGCAUAUGUGUGUAUGAAUCAACCUUGUAUGAAAGCAACACUCCAGAGUUCCUGGGUGCCUUUCUACAACUUCCCCUCCUCUGUGCUUCCUCUUGACUGCACCGGUUUGCCUUGGGCACCAGUAAUAACUUACUGCUACAAUGAUCGACUACGGGUAGGUUGCUCAGCCAACACCCAAGGCUAAACUUUUAUGAUCACUGUGGCAGCUGGAGAAGGACUGAGGUGAUAAGAUAGACAGCUGCUUGGGGGACAGCUUUGAGGUUAAACCGUUCAAAAACGGUUUAGGUGAAAAAGUGCUCAGGGACUCCAGCCCCUAUGAAAUCUUUGAGAUUAAGUUAUUAUGAGGUGGAGUGGCCCUUUAGUGAUUUAAGGUAUUGGUACCAUAUUUAAUUUUACUGGGGGGACCGGGACGACAAUACUUUGUAGUUAUGUUCACAUAGGCAAUCCCAAAAGUUCGAUCUUUUUUAAAUGUUUUUAUUUUUCUAUAGACCUCUUCUACUGAAUAAUGGUCUGGCAAUCUUAAUAAGAAAACUUAAUUCCUUAGAACGCUGUUAGCCAAUGUUCAAAAGCAGUACUAAUGGUUCAUGCAUAUUCUUUACCUCUGCAACUGUAUCUCCAAGUCUGUUUGUAAGAUUCAUGAAAUUUCAAAAUUGAAAAUGAAACCAUAAAUAAAGAAAACUGAAAAAGAAUGGGCUCAUCCUUAAUUUGGAAUUUUUGAUGCCUGAGAGCAUCAGCUGACUAAUUUCAGCCAAUGAGCUAGGUCCUGCAUCACCGGGCAGGGCUUAUAGCUUCCGGCUCUAAUCUGGUGGCAAGAUCUGGUGUCUGGCCAACCCCAUGUAAUAAAACAAACCGUUGACAAAGAGUUUGACUACUUACAUAGGGAAAAUAGGAGGGGUACAGGGCACUCCUGACACCAUAACCACUACAGCACACAAUUCAAACUGGUACUCUUCUCUUUCUUUAUGCCUCAUUUGUGAAAUAGUAUGGAAGUCCCUCACCCCCCAGCAAUCACAUGUCUAUCACAACUAGGCAUCAUGUGAUUUCCAUUUAAACCUUUAAACACUGCAGUUGCACUGAGACUUUCCAGUAAUAGCCCAAGAAUGUUGGGCUAACGAACAUUGUAAAAGUCGCUCACAGUGAUCAUAUGCUGUAACUGACAGCUGGGUACCUGGUUAUAGCAGUGAUUGCUUAAAUCAGCCUCACGGUGUUAUUACUGGCUGUCUCAACAGUGAGAGAGUCCAGCAAUAGUGAUUUUAUUAGUUCCUCUGCAGUGCGAUCACUCUGAGAGCCAAUCAUUGUGAUUACCAGUAGCGUACAAUCAUGGAGGUGACUUCCUGUGUAUGGACGGUGGGGGCACAGUGCAGACGGGUCAGAGAAAAUACUCUCCCGUGGCCCUGCUUAGGUACAUUACUGUCUGGAACAAUGUGAGUAGUAAGGAGGGGAAGUGUAAUGACACCGGAGGUGCAACCAUAGGUACGCCUCAGAUCAUUUUAGAUUGCUUCUAAGGCAUGUAUUUCUGAUGGGGCCAAUCUGCUUAAAAGCAUGCACAAAUAUCUUAACAUGUAUAGUUUGUGGAAAAGAUGAGACGGGGGGAUAUGAUAGAAACCUUUAAAUACAUAAAGGGAAUCAACACAGUAAAGGAGGACACUAUAUUUAAAAUAAGAAAAAUUACUACAAAAGGACAUAGUCUUAAAUUAGAGGGGCAAAGGUUUAAAAAUAAUAUCCGGAAGUAUUACUUUACUGAGAGGGUAGUGGAUGCAUGGAAUAGCCUUCCAGUUGAAGUGGUAGAGGUUAACACAGUAAAGGAGUUUAAGCAUGCGUGGGAUAGGCAUAAGGCUAUCCUAAUUAUAAUAUAAGGCCAGGGACUAAUGAAAGUAUUUAGAAAAUUGGGCAGACUAGAUGGACCGAAUGGUUCUUAUCUGCCCUCACAUUCUAUGUUUCAAAAGAAAUUGACACUUUUUUAUAAAUUACCGUAUUUAUUGGCGUAUAACACGCACUUUUUCUCCCUGAAAAUAGGGGGCAAAUUAUGGGUGCGUGUUAUACGCCGGCCCUUUAAAUGCUGCAGCCGCCUGAGCGCUCUGUCAAGAGCGGUCAGGCGGCUGCAGUUGGUUCUCACCUCUCCUGUAGCAUGGCCGAGCUGCUCUGCUGUCCGCGGUGGCCGGCCGGAGUGAUAGGAAGGUGCACGCUCAGUGUGCACCUUCUUGUCAGUCCGACCGGGUACAGGAAACAGAAACUCCUGUUCCGCGCGGAACAGGAGUUUCUCUUUCCUGUACCCGGUCGGACUGACAGGAAGGUGCACACUGAGCGUGCACCUUCCUAUCACUCCGGCCGGCCACCGCGGACAGCAGAGCGGCUCGGCCACGCCACGGGGAGAAGAAGAGGGGGGAGGCAUGGGAGGGGAGGGGGAGUGAAAGGGGUAAGAAGAGGGAGGUAGGAGGGGAGUAAGAAAGGGGGUAAGAAGAGGGGAGGGGGAGUAAGAAGGGGGUAAGAGGGGAAGUAAGAAGAGAGGGAGAAGGAGUAAGAAAGGGGGGUAAGAAGAGGGGAAGGAGUAAGAAAGGGGGGGGUAAGAAGAGGGGGAGAAGGAGUAAGAAAGCAAGUGGGGAGGAGUAAGAAGGCAAGGGGAAGUAAGAAGAGGGGAGAAGGGAGUAAGAAAGGGGGGCAAGAAGAGGGGGAAGUAAGAAGAGGGGAGGGGGGAGUAAGAAAGGGCGGUAAGAAGAGGGGGAGGGGGGAGUAAGAAGGGGGUAAGAAGUUCUUUAUUUGAAAUUUAAGUUUUUUUUUUUCUGAAAUUUCUUUCUUAAAAUGAGGUGCGUGUUAUACACCGGUGCGUGUUAUACGCCGAUAAAUACGGUAUACUAUUUACAGCCCUGUGGUGUUCAAGUAGACAACAGGUCCUGUUACAUCCUGGUUUGGUUAGCUCAGUGGAGCUAAAUUUAAUUGGCAGCAAUUGCUCAGAGCACCAGCCUUACAAAGACUUCUCAUUGAGCUGCAUUGAGAAGUCUUUGAUUGGACAACCACAGAACGUAUCAGCGGGGCUUGAAGGGAAGGACUUGCAAAGGUGGCAAACAUGAGAUCUGCAACUAUUGCAAGUUGUUUUUAGAUAUACUCCCAGUGGAAAAAUGAAUAAUUAAAUGCAUACAUGUUUUCAUUUGGAGUAUAUCUACUUUACAGUGUAUUUCAUUUAUUUUGUAUUUUGGCAGUGGAGUGUUCCUUUAAUUUGCCUUACCUCUGAUUCACCAACAUCAUGACCUCCACUCCUAAUGUGCUUUGCCUGCUUUCUUGUUUGAUUUGCCCUGCUUGGAGACACGUCCCCGCACAGGACAAACCUCCUCUGUCUUGCCGACACUGGCUUUGUUGUUGGCAUCUGAAUGAUGUCAGUCACUCGGUUCCUGUAUUCUCUAGCUAGCAAUAACCGUGUCAGCUUGUCAGAACUUUUAUUGUAAAACACAAUUGUACACUUAUCGCAAUAAUUUUAACAUAAAUAAAUAAAAAGUGUAGAGGAAAAUAAUCCUGCAACCAGAGCGCAUGUGCUCAUGUUACCGUGUUCGCAGAGCAGAAGGAUCACCUGUGGAAGGCCUCUUCUGCUCUCCCUUGUUAGAUUCUGUGUGGAAGAAUUGACUGACGGGUGUGAGAAAGACCUACUUUUAAAGAGAUUUUUGCUCUGUAAAAGGAGCAAAGGUUAUAGGGAACAUGACAGGAAUCCUUUAAAUUAUAUAAAAAUAGAUUUGGACUGCUUCAUGUCUUUUUUAAUUUUUAAAUUUUAUUAUAAAUUCCAUGAGUUCGUGUCUGGGGCUGCCUUUGCACUUUUGUAUUUGUUUCACCAUAACCUCCAGCUGUCUCAUCAGUAAUUGCGCAUGCGCCUACUAAGGGGUUCGGCAUCAAUCUAUAUAUAAAGGCAGUACUGUUCUGUCACCUCAUACUAACUUCUUACUGUGCCAUUCCUAUUUCUCUUUCCUGUACUGAGCGUGCACCUUCCUAUCACUCCGGCCGGCCACCGCGGACAGCAGAGCAGCUCGGCCACGCCACGGGGAGUAAGAAGAGGGGAGGGGGGGUAAGAAGGGGGUAAUAGAGGGGAGGGGGGAGUAAGAAAGGGGGUAAGAAGAGAGGGAGGUAGGGGAGGGGGAGUAAGAAAGGGGGGGUAAGAAGAGGGGGAGGGGAGUAAGAAGGGGUAAGAGGGGAAGUAAGAAGAGAGGGAGAAGGGAGUAAGAAGGGGGUAAGAAGAGGGGAGAAGGAGUAAGAAAGGGGGGGGUAAGAAGAGGGGGAGAAGGGAGUAAGAAAGGGGUAAGGGAGGGGAGUAAGAAGGAAGGGGAAGUAAGAAGAGAAGGGAGUAAGAAAGGGGGUAAGAAGAGGGGGAAGUAAGAAGAGGGGAGGGGGGAGUAAGAAAGGGCGGUAAGAAGAGGGGGAGGGGGGAGUAAGAAGGGGGUAAGAAGUUCUUUAUUUGAAAUUUAAGUUUUUUUUUUCCUGAAAUUUCUUUCUUAAAAUGAGGUGCGUGUUAUACACCGGUGCGUGUUAUACGCCGAUAAAUACGGUAUACUAUUUACAGCCCUGUGGUGUUCAAGUAGACAACAGGUCCUGUUACAUCCUGGUUUGGUUAGCUCAGUGGAGCUAAAUUUAAUUGGCAGCAAUUGCUCAGAGCACCAGCCUUACAAAGACUUCUCAUUGAGCUGCAUUGAGAAGUCUUUGAUUGGACAACCACAGAACGUAUCAGCGGGGCUUGAAGGGAAGGACUUGCAAAGGUGGCAAACAUGAGAUCUGCAACUAUUGCAAGUUGUUUUUAGAUAUACUCCCAGUGGAAAAAUGAAUAAUUAAAUGCAUACAUGUUUUCAUUUGGAGUAUAUCUACUUUACAGUGUAUUUCAUUUAUUUUGUAUUUUGGCAGUGGAGUGUUCCUUUAAUUUGCCUUACCUCUGAUUCACCAACAUCAUGACCUCCACUCCUAAUGUGCUUUGCCUGCUUUCUUGUUUGAUUUGCCCUGCUUGGAGACACGUCCCCGCACAGGACAAACCUCCUCUGUCUUGCCGACACUGGCUUUGUUGUUGGCAUCUGAAUGAUGUCAGUCACUCGGUUCCUGUAUUCUCUAGCUAGCAAUAACCGUGUCAGCUUGUCAGAACUUUUAUUGUAAAACACAAUUGUACACUUAUCGCAAUAAUUUUAACAUAAAUAAAUAAAAAGUGUAGAGGAAAAUAAUCCUACAUGACAAAGUCAUGAUGUUGCCAUGGCAACCAGAGCGCAUGUGCUCAUGUUACCGUGUUCGCAGAGCAGAAGGAUCACCUGUGGAAGGCCUCUUCUGCUCUCCCUUGUUAGAUUCUGUGUGGAAGAAUUGACUGACGGGUGUGAGAAAGACCUACUUUUAAAGAGAUUUUUGCUCUGUAAAAGGAGCAAAGGUUAUAGGGAACAUGACAGGAAUCCUUUAAAUUAUAUAAAAAUAGAUUUGGACUGCUUCAUGUCUUUUUUAAUUUUUAAAUUUUAUUAUAAAUUCCAUGAGUUCGUGUCUGGGGCUGCCUUUGCACUUUUGUAUUUGUUUCACCAUAACCUCCAGCUGUCUCAUCAGUAAUUGCGCAUGCGCCUACUAAGGGGUUCGGCAUCAAUCUAUAUAUAAAGGCAGUACUGUUCUGUCACCUCAUACUAACUUCUUACUGUGCCAUUCCUAUUCAAACUGCUUGUUCCUAGUUUGAUUAUUUUUAAAUUCACUCCAUUUUUAAUGAAUCACAAUUUAAAAUGUGCAGUGUUACCUACUACCUUGGACUUGGGCACCAUGGGCAUGGGGCGUAAUUUUAUUUUUAAUAAACACUGACCAACUGUCAGACAUAAAAUUAACUUUCUCCUGUUGCCACCACAGUCUCACAUUGUGCGCUCAUACAUGUCUUCAGUGCCAUCGCUGUCCACAUGAGCUCAGCACUAGGCAGAUACAUGUAGAAAGAGGGGGGAGCAGGGUGGACAUUUGGAAAUGCAACCUCCUCAAUCCAAGUAGACAUCUCCCCUAGACCAUAGCAUCAUAACCACUAAGAAGGCCAGGCCUGCCCUUUUGAGUAACUGAGAUUUAUUUAUUUUUUUUAAUUUCUAACGCAAGGCAACUUUUUUUUUUUUUUUUAUGUACCAUUCUGAUAUCUGUCUCUUGUGAUCCAGGCCUACGCAGAUUAUAUGGGUUUUGUCCUGGCCUUGAAUGAUGCAGUCAAAGGAAAGAAGUUGACCUGUGAAUACAAAGUUUCAGAGGUAGGUGUGCAAGUUUGGGACCACCUUCUUAAAUAACCAGUCUAAUAAGAGUAUAUGGUGGGAAGGAUCCACUUAGUGCGUCAGAUUCCUUAAAGGACUACUAAAGUCACCCAGACGGCUUCAUCUCAAUGAACUGUUCUGCGUGACGUGGUCCUAUUAUUUUAACUCUGCAAUGUUUUAUAGAAACUGCAAUGUUUACAAUGCAGAGUUAAAAACACCACUAGUGACUGUCUUCCAGACAGCCACUAGAGGCGCUUCCUCUAGAACAACCAAGUAAAACCCGGUUACAUGAAGUUGAAUUCAAUGCUUUCCUGUGACUAGCAUUUGGAUGUGUGUGACACUCACUGUGCAUGUGCAUCAGUUUUCAAUGCUCCUCUUGGAUUGGCCAUCGGCUAAAGAGCCGAAUAACAUCACAGGAGGCGGAGCAUUCGGAAGCGCAGAGGGAGUCUGGGUGCUGGAGAAAAGAUAAGUUAAAGGUUUAUUUUAUUUAGCACUUUACUGAAAAUGGGCGGGAUACCUUAAACUACUCUGCAAAUACGGGGACAAUAGCGUUAUGAAUACAGGUUUGUAUUCCUAUCGCUAGAGUGUUUCUUUAAAGUACAUGUGACCAACAAGUAGGUGCACAGCUAUUGCAAGAUGGUGAUGAUGCAAACCCAACUCUUUUUUUUUUUUUCUUUUUUUUAUUAAAGUGAGAAUUGCUGGAAAUUCAGACUGAAUUUUAACAAUUUAGGCCAAAAUACCAAAUUACUAAAAAUUCUUCCAGUCAAUUCUGUUUUCAGUUCGGCUGUUUUGACCUUACAGUUUAAAGGGACACUGUAGGCACCCAGACCACUUCAGCUCAUUGAAGUGGUCCGCGUGCUGUGACCCUUUUGCACUUGGUGCUGCAAUGUAAAACAUGUCUACCAGACAGCCACUAGAGGGCUUCCGAAAUCCAAACUGACCUUUUGUCCGUUAUCCGACGCUGGACGUCCUCACGCUCUGUGUCAGAUUUUCCCCAUAGGAAAGCAUUGAUGAAUGCGUUCCUAUGGGGAAAUCCUAAUGCGAGCGCGGCCAUUGCCGCAUAUGCUCAUUAGGUCUACCCCGCAGGCUGACGGUGGGGGAGGAGCAUGGGCAGAGCCUGACCCAGUGCCAAGGGAGGAGGGAACCUUAGAAAUCCAUAAUGCCAUGAACAUGGCUUUGUUUUCCUGGCACUAUAGGAUGCCUUUAAAUUUACUUUGAAUUCCUGGUAAUUCUCACGUUAGUGAAUAACCCUGUUAGACUGGUAUAGCAUCAUGGGAAAUGUAGUUUUACUGACUGGACAGCUGCUUGUUGGUUUCCUCUGCAGUAGAGCAUAGCUUGUUAAUUCAAUGCAGUCUUGACUGGACUUAUCCAAUAUUACCCAGUUCAACUGUUUUUGCCUGAAAUUUGAAAUUCACUUUUAAUAACCGGAAUGUCACACUUUCAUUAAAGGAUCGCUAUAGGGUCUUGACCACAAGCAUGUAUUCCUGACCCUAUAGUGUUAAAACCACCAUCUAGCCCCCCUGGGCCCCUCAUGCCUCCAUAAAUAUGGCAAUAUCUUACUGUAUUCAAGCCAGAAGCUGUAGAUCUGCAUGCUGUUUGCCUCAAAAAAACAAGCAGUCUGCAGACAUCAUCAGAAGUGGUAGCCUGAUCCAGUCACAGUGCUUCCCUAUAGGAUUGGCUGAGACUGACAAAGAGGCAGAUCAGGGGCAGAGCCAGCAUGAUUCAAACACAGCAUCUCCUCAUAGAGAUGAAUUGAAUCAAUGAAUCUCUAUGAGGAAAAUUCAGUGUCUGCAUGCAGAGGGAGGAGAUACUGGAUGUUUGGAUGCAUUUUAGGCAGCCAUGACCCAGGAAGGAUCUCUAACAGCGAUCUAAGGAGUGGCCAGUGAAAUUAUCACUAGGCUGUAAUGUAAACACUGCAUUUUCUCUGAAAAGACAGUGUUUACAGCAAAAACCCUGAAGGUAAUGAUUCUACUCACCAGAACAAAUUCAAUAAGCUGAAGUUGUUCUGGUGACUAUAGUGUCCCUUUAACAAUCCUGAUUGUGCAUCAUAUUGUGAAUUGAGAAAUGUGAAGCAUAGAGAGUGGGUACAAAACUAAUGUAAAUAUACUGUAUAAAGUGAGAUAAAUGCUGCACUACAAACAGAAAUGUUUGACAGUAAUUAUAAUUUUAUUACCCUGUAUUUAUUGUUGGUUAUAAAGCACCAAUCUAUUGCGCUGUACACUGGACAGUUUCAGCAGAAACAUGGCUGACGCUGCAUAUUGUAGCUCGGUACCACACGAUUGUGGUGAGACCAGAUACAAUAAAACUUCCUACAAUGCAAAUACAAAACUACUAUUAUGCAUCACAUUCAUAUUUCACGUUUGACUUAAGUCGUCCUUCUUGGAAACAGAAACUCUAGAAAUCGUGUUUCUACAACUAUCCCAGAGUUCCCAGCUUGAGAUGCAAAUGAGCACAGACAGGCAUAAUGUUCCAUAUUGCAUUUCUGCAGGUACACUUGGCAAUUGACAUUUAAAAAUAAAAAUAAUGGGCUAUGAUCCAAAAGGAUCCGUCACCAGAACCCAGUCAAUGUAGUCAAAAUGAAUCAAAUGGCACAGGGGGCUCUGGACAAAAGCCCACCUUUGUUAAUGUUUUAUCCCAUCUUCUCCUGAAUUGUGCUCUGCAUUUUCCAGAUAGGUGUUGUAUAUCUGCAUGUCAAAUAAAAAAUCUGCCAAAUAUAAUUUCAUUUCAUUUGUGUAUAUUUUAAUAUUAUGUCCUGAAACUAAUACUAUGUGACUGACGUGUGUUCAUAUCUCUUUGUGUGUCAGAUAAAUACAUGUUGAAAAAGUAUAAUAUUCAAUAUCAGAUCAGUCUGUAUCUAUCACAACAGGAUUGCUUGCUGAGUGACAGAGGCAGAUGUUAAAGGGGGGUUGAUUGAAGAACGCACUGGGUGUCGGGGGAGUAGGGAGUGUGAACAUGAGGAGGUGGGUGAACGAUGAAGGGAGCUGACACCUUCCUUAGUGAGCCACAGUCAGUUCCUAUGGGAGAAGAAAUGUAUUCAUUGUUUAGAAUAUAAUAUGUGCAUGUGUUUGUUUGUCUGUUGAGAUCGUUAUUUGUAUUCUGUGAGUUUGUGUGUAUAUGUACUUAUAAACACACAUUCUACGUACUGUGUUAAGCUGACUGGUUUAUAGACAGCUCUUGUUUGUGACCAGAUUGCUACAGUAAAUUAGGAGCACUUCCUGAUCUAUGCAUGCUAUGGAAGCCCAGAGGGGCCGUUUGAGAUUUGCUUUGUCCAUCCCAACCUAGUAUGUGUGUUAGUUUUUUUUUGUUUUUGUUUUUUUCAUAUUUGUUUUUUUUUUGCUUGUAUUUGAAUGCCUUACCUAUAUAUUGCAAUGAAGACGUACCAAUUUCAGAAAAGAGUGUCCCUUUAAGUCGUGUUAAAGAAGGUCAGAGAUGUACAAGAGAUAAUGAACCAUACUUAGGGGGCUCAUUCUCUGUUAUAACCCACUCAAGGUGCUAUUCCUUUUUAGACCUCUAUCUCAACUUUAAUUGCUAUAGGCUGGUAAUGCAUGAUGGAAUUGUAGUUUUAUAACAGAUGUGUAGAUACCUCUUUAUCUUUAAGGAUUACAGCAUGGAGUUUCCUUUUAGUAGUGGUGAUAAGAAAAUAUAUUUAAAGAUACAGGUACAUUGUCUAAUGGACCGUUUAGAAUCCUCUGCCAGUCCAAGACACAGAAUCGGCACGGUUCCACAGUAUCUUCUCAUCUUUAUUAUAUUUUAUUAAAUAUACAACAAAUUUUUACAUAAAAAGUGUCCAAGUAAACUUCUAAUAAUCUAGGUUAUUCCUGACCGCAACAACUACAAAAAAAUAUUUUUUUCUUCAUAAUCCCCCUAAGCCCUACCAUCUGAUAUUCUAACAGAACUGAAUCCACGGACCCCCUUUACAUAUCACUGUUGUGACAUCCUUGCAAUCACUGCGCUGGUCCAAUCUCCAGAAUAAUGUUAUCUCAUUGUCUGCAGGAUGGGGCUUGUGACACACUGCGUGACCCUCCCCGUAUUAAAUCUAGUUUGCAGCCAGCACAUGUGCGAUGCUGCAAUACACACCGAGUUAAUCUUGUUCAGUGCUGUUUAUAUCCAUUUAGAUGUGAACGGGUACAUUUUGUGCUGGUUUUGCAUCACUGUUUGUAAUUUCUAAAAUAUAGUGCAGCCUAGUAAAAAAAAAAAAAUUUUGCCACCCCUCUUGACCUCACCUCCAGUUGCUUCAGACUAGGGGGUACCUGAUUUCUACCACUGCCUUUUAUGGGCAGUUUAUCAUGCAGAGAGUAUUAAACUGCUUGAAACAGCCAUACCUAAUCCAUCUGCAUAGGCAGGAUUCUGCCAGUAUCUCUUUACUCUCUUGGAGAAAGUGCCUGUGUCUUCAUUAAAUAAACACUCCAAGCACCAUAACUACUGCAGACUGAUGUAUUGUUAUUAUAGUGUCAUUGAGUGUCUUUGCUUUUGUCCUUAAAGGGACACUAUAGUCACCCAGACCACUUCAGCUCAAUGAAGUGGUCUGGGUGCCAGGUCCCUCAGGUUUUAACCCUUCAGAUGCAAACAUAGCAGUUUCAGAAAAACUGCUGUGUUUACAUUUGGGGUUAAGCCAGCCUCUAGUGGCUGUCUUCCUGACAGCCACUAGAGGCGCAUCUGCGACGCUGGAGGCAUAUUAUGCCUCCAUCGCGCAGAGCGUCCAUAGGAAAGCCUUUAAAAAUGCUUUCCUCUUGACAGCUUGAAUGCGCGCGGCACUUGCCGCACAAGUGCAUUCGGCUCCGCUGACGUCGGCGGGGGAGGAGAGGUCACCAGCGCCGAGGGAGCCUGGCACUUGAAUAAGAAAUGCUGCUGAAGGGGUUUUAACGGGAGGGGGACCCUGAGGUUGGGGGCACCCUCAGGGCACUAUAGUGUCAGGAAAACCGCUUUGUUUUCCUGACACUAUAGUGAUCCUUUAAGUUCAGUUAACUGAAUUCCCCAGCAGCAGAUGCAGCCUUGGACCCAGGUAAGUUGUCAUAAAACAUUCUAAAAAUUUCUCUCAUGAAUGUACAAUCUCUAAUUUCUGCAACACUCCCAUUUCCUCUCUCAGAUCACCACCCCUUAUCCUUUGCUCUCAAUAGCCCCGUAACCAUCAUCCUCAACCUAAACCCCUCAACUAAGAAGAAAUCUGAAUUACAUUGACCUCCAGCAGCUAUCAGCUAAUAUUGAUUCCCAACUUCCAUCCAUCCCUACUUUCUCCUGUCCCUCACUGGCUAUCUCCUCAUAUAACACUACCCUAACCUCUGCCCUGGACGCUGCAGCCCCGCUCCAAACAUGCACCUUGAGGAGAACACGCCCCAACCGUCUCACACAAAAUCAACACGCUACCUGCAGAGAUGCUCCCGUUGUGCUGAAUGCUGCUGGGGGAAGUCACGCACCCAGUCUGACUUCCUCCACUACAAAUUCAUGUUGUGUUCACACAGCACAGACCUUGCCAAACAGUCAUACUUUUCCUCCCUGAUUAGCUCAUGCUCCCGCAAUCCCAGGCGUCUUUUUAAUACCUUUUAACUCCCUUCUUCACCCUGCUGUGGCCACCCCCCAAACUAACCUUACAGCCGAUAGCUUUGCAUGCUACUUUAACGACGAGAUAGAACAGCUAAGGAAAGAAUUCUCCCCACCUUGCCCCUUUAUUUCUCAACCUCACCUGGAUCAUGCCUUUCCUACCCUUCAGACUUUCUCCCAGGCUACUGAACCAGCGGUGGCUGCGCUUCUCCUUUCCUCUCGCCCCAUCAAUUGCCAGCUUGAUCCUGUCCCGGCUCACCUUAUCAGAUCUCUCUCCUCUUGUCAUGUGCCUUCCUUCAACUGCGCUCUCUCUUCUGGUGUUGUCCUUGCUGCCCUUAAACAUGCUACCCAUCUUAAAGAAGCCAUGUCUCGUCUCAUCCUCCCCUUUUAACUAUCGUCCUAUAUCUCUGCUCCCUUUUUCCUCAAAGCUUCUGGAAAGACUGGUCUUUACCCAUCUGACUUGUUUCCUCAAUUUCAACUCUUUUCUUGAUCAUCUUCAGUCUGGCUUCCGCCCCCUCCACUCUACUGAUCCCUAAUCACAGCUAAAUCCAAAGGCCACUACUCCAUACUAAUUCUUCUUGACCUCUCUGCUGCCUUUGAAACUGUUGACCAUGAUCUCCUUCUCCAAAAUCUUCAAUCACUCUGUCUCUGUGACUCUGUCCUCUCAUGGUUUUCCUCCUAUCUCUCACAAUGCUCAUUCAGUGUCUCCUUUUCUAAUGAUACCUCCUCCCUUCGUUCUGUCUCGGUUGCAGUCCCUCAAACCUCUGUACUUGAUCCCCUUCUAUUUUAUCUUUAUACUGCCUCUCUUGGCAAAUUUAUAACCUCAUUUGGAUUAUAAUACCACCUGUACGCUGAUGAUACUCAGAUAUAGCUCUCCUCCCCGGACAUCUCCCCUGCUGUCCUGGAACGUGUCACUGCUUGCCUUUCUUCCAUCUCUGACUGGAUGUCCUCCCGCUUUUUGAAACUCAAUCUCUCUAAAACUGAACUACUUGUCUUUCCUCCUCCUAAUACUGAUCCUCCUCCUUCACUCUUCCUUCAAGUUAGUGGUACCCACAUCAGUCCAUCCUUGCAAGCACGCUGUCUUGGCGUUAUACUUGAUUCUGGCCUCACAUUCAGUCUGUUAACAAAUCCUGUAUAUUUCACCUUAAAAACAUAGCCCACAUCCGUCCCUUUCUUAAGCAAGAUGCUACUAAGGAACUUGUCCAUGCUCCAGUAAUCUUUUGCAUGGAUUAUUGUAACUCUCUCCUAAUAGGUCUUCCCACAAGUCGUAUUGCCCCGGUACAGUUUAUAAUGAAUGCUGCAGCUAGACUGAUUUUCCUCUCCUGUCGCUCCUCUCACACACCUCCCCUUUGUCAGUCCUUGCAUUGGCUUCCUGUAUCCUUUAGGAGUCAAUUCAAGGUACUAAUCCACAGCUAUAAAGCACUGACCAAUUCUAGCUCCUCCUAUAUCUCUUCACUGAUCUGCAGGUAUGCCCCUUCUCGGUCUCUCCGCUCUGCCCAGGAUCUUCUAUCCGCUGCUUGCACCGCACGGCCAACUCACGCUUGCAGGACUUCUCAUGGGUGGCUCCUUUUCUUUUUGAAUAGCCUGCCUACCGCCAUCAGACUCUCCCCUAGUCUUCAAUCAUUUCAAAAGUGCCUCAAAACCCAUCUCUUUAGGAAAGCUUACGGCCUCCCAGAGUAACCUGUCUCUUGCUCUCUCCUAAAGAGGAUUCAUAGCAUAACCCUUCAUUUGCCCCUUGGGUCUCUAGUUUACUACACAAUAUUCAUAGUUAUAAACAAUAGGUAUUAUUACAUAAUCGUAAUACAUUUAGACCAGUGAUUCUAAACAUUUUUUGUUGACAGGGACUUAACUUAUUUGCAUGCUGUUAGGUUUGUAUCCCAUUCCCGAAUCUAAAAUUAACUCUUUGACCCUUUAAAUUGUAAAGUACUAAAAUGAAUUCUCCAGAAAGCCUUUAUAAGACUCUUCAGUGUUUCCAUUGCCCCGGGGAAGGCAGUGCUGUGAAGUAAACAACUUACUGUGGGCAGUUGCCUACGGCCCGGAGAAUAGGACGCUUCCAUCCCAUCCCAGGGACACUCUAAUUAUAGCAUGGGAACCCGUCCCUGCCCAAAACCUUAGAUUCACACGAUUAGACAAUGGGAUAUGAAAACUGUUAAAAAGCAGAAAUGACGCAAUAAGUAGUACAAUCUAUAUUCACAGGUAGUGUUGUCAUACUUUAAAGAGCCAAACCCCACAACCACCUAUACUCCUUGAAUAGAUUAUGGUGUGAGAAGGUCGUGGCCAUCUACCCCCUGUUUGUUACACUUUUUUAAUGCAGAUUUCUAUUUUUUUAUUUUUUUUUCUGUAAGUUGUGUGGUUGUGACCGGAUUUCAAACAUUUUAAAUGGACAAAGAGUGGCACCUUAAUUUUAGUGGUGUGAGUGUGGGGGGGCUGGUCUUAGAAAUUUUAGGUGAUUUACUUAUAACAAUUCAUGCAACUAAAGUGUAUUGUAGAAUGUAUCUUAUUUACGAGACUGACUUCUAAACACAUUUAUUUUAGUUUAAAGACAUAUUACUGUGGAGCUCUGUUAUAUGCUCCAACACCCCCAACAGUAUGGAGCUCCUAGACAUAAGGGACAGAGGGCGUUAGACCUGAAAUAGGGACUGCCCUUCCUAAAUAGGGACACUUGUGAAGUAUGGGUCUGCCUAUUUAAAGGAAAUAUCGCAUCUCAACUAAAAAUGAAACCUGCCGUAGAGUAGAAUAAAGUAACUUCUAUUGCUUUAAAUUGUGUGACUGUUAUUUUGUUCGUUUUGGUGAAUGUAAGUAAUAGCUUAUGGACGUUGCACAGCCAUAAAUCCUGUUUUAAAAUCUGCGUUUGUUGAUGGUCACAAAUAACUAAAUUUUAGGGGAGUGAAGCUGUCACUGUCCACCUGAGUUCUGACCCUGAGCUGUAAUUGCCAAUAAAUCCUUUGAGCUGUCUUUGUGUGUGUCUUUCUGUCUCUUUGUGUGCAUAGUACUGCUGUCACACGCAGUCUGUUUCAUUUUCCAGCCUGAUUCUCUGUUAGAUUUAUUCACUAAGCUGUGCGUUGUUAGGAAUACAAAAUAUAUUCAAAAUAGCCUUGCAGAAAACACAGCUGAUUUGGUUUAUUUAUUUUUAAUUUGCUAUUUUAAGGUGUUAUUUAAAGGGAUUGUAUAGCUGACAGAUUAUGAAUGACCAUUUCUCAGAGCCUUUUGAUGCACUGAUGUCAUCAAAAUGCACUUACACACAUAUCAUUUAUUGUCUUGGCUUAGAAACAUAGAAACAUAGAAUGUGACGGCAGAUAAGAACCAUUCGGCCCAUCUAGUCUGCCCAAUUUCUAAAUACUUUCAUUAGUCCCUGGCCUUAUCUUAUAGUUAGGAUAGCCUUAUGCCUAUCCCACGCAUGCUUAAACUCCUUUACUGUGUUAACCUCUACCACUUCAGCUGGAAGGCUAUUCCAUGCAUCCACUACCCUCUCAGUAAAGUAAUACUUCCUGAUAUUAUUUUUAAACCUUUGUCCCUCUAAUUUAAGACUAUGUCCUCUUGUUGUGGUAGUUUUUCUUCUUUUAAAUAUAGUCUCCUCCUUUACUGUGUUGAUUCCCUUUAUAUAUUUAAAUGUUUCUAUCAUAUCCCCUCUGUCUCUCUUUUUUCCUCCAAGCUAUACAUGUUAAGAUCCUUUAACCUUUCCUGGUAAGUUUUAUCCCGCAAUCCAUGAACCAGUUUAGUAGCCCUUCUCUGAACCCUCUCUAAGGUAUCAAUAUCCUUCUGAAGAUACGGUCUCCAAUACCGCGUACAAUACUCCAAGUGAGGUCUCGCCAGUGUUCUGUACAAUGGCAUGAACACUUCCCUCCUUCUACUGCUAAUACCUCUCCCAAUACAACCAAGCAUUCUGCUAGCAUUUCCUGCUGCUCUAUUACAUUGUCUGCCUACCUUUAAGUCAUCAGAAAUAAUCACCCCUAAAUCCCUUUCCUCAAAUGUUGAGGUUAGGACUCUAUCAAAUAUUCUGUACUCUGCCCUUGGGUUUUUACAUCCAAGAUGCAUUAUCUUGCACUUAUCCACAUUAAAUGUCAGUUGCCACAAUUCUGACCAUUUUUCUAGUUUACCUAAAUCAUUUGCCAUUUGGCUUAUCCCUCCUGGAACAUCAACCCUGUUACAUAUCUUAGUAUCAUCAGCAAAAAGACAUACCUUACCAUCAAGACCUUCUGCAAUAUCACUAAUAAAAAUAUUAAAGAGAAUGGGUCCAAGUACAGAUCCCUGAGGUACCCCACUGGUGACAAGUCCAAGCUUCGAAUAUAUUCCAUUAACUACAACCCUCUGUUGCCUGUCACUCAGCCACUGCCUUACCCAUUCAACAAUAUUGGAAUCCAAACUUAAAGAUUGCAGUUUAUUGAUAAGCCUUCUAUGUGCAACAGUGUCAAAAGCCUUACUGAAAUCUAGGUAAGCAAUGUCUACUGCACCACCCUGAUCUAUAAUUUUAGUUACCCAAUCAAAAAAAUCAAUAAGAUUAGUUUGGCAUGAUCUCCCUGAAGUAAACCCAUGUUGUCUCUGAUCUUGAAAUCCAUGUGUUUUUAGAUGUUCAUCAAUCCUAUCCUUUAACAUGGUUUCCAUCACUUUCCCCACUACUGAAGUAAGGCUUACUGGCCUAUAGUUGCCCGACUCCUCCCUAUUACCUUUCUUGUAAAUGGGCACAACAUUCGCUAACUUCCAAUCUUCUGGGACUACUCCUGUUAACAAUGAUUGGAUAAAUAAAUCUGUUAAUGGUUUUGCUAGUACACCACUAAGCUCUUUUAAUAGCUUUGGGUGUAUUCCAUCAGGUCCCAUUGACUUAUUUGUCUUUACUUUUGACAGUUGAAAUAGAACCUCUUCCUCUGUAAACUCACGUGUAAUAAAUGACUCAUUUAUCCUUUUUCGCAACUGAGGUCCCUUUCCUUCAUUUUCAUCUGUAAAUACAGAACAAAAAUAUUCAUUGAGGCAUGUCAUGUGUCCUCAAGGGGUUAAAGGGACACUAUUGUCACCAGAACAACUGCAGCUUAAUGUAGUUUUUCUGGUGAGUACAGUCUGUCCCUGCAGGAUAUUUGCUGUAAACACUGUAAUUUCAGGGAAAAGGCAGUGUUUACAUUACAGCCUAGGGACUCCUCCAGUGGCCACUGAAGGUGCUUUGUGGAUGUAGACGCUGAACAUUUCCCAUAGAGAUGCAUUGAUUCAACUCUAUAUGGAGAUGCAGAUUGGCCAGGGCUCGUUGCUUCUGCCCUCGCCCUCCCCUCCCUCCCACCUCUUUGGCCAAGAUCAUCAGAAUUGACUAUUUUAGCCAAUCCAAUGCUUUCCUAUGGGAAGCAUUGUAAUUGGCUAAGAUCGUCAAUUCUGAUUGUCAGCCAAGGAGGAGUGGCGGGGCCAGAAUCAAGGAGCCCCAUGUGACUCUGGAAAAAGUUCAGUAAAUUCCCUUUCUAAACAGAGGUAAGGGGGGGCCGAACGGUGGUUUUAGAACUAGUGUCAGGAAUACACGUUUGUGUUCUUGUCACUAUAGUGCCCCUUUAACUUUUAAAAUAGCUAUGUCAAAAGGUUUGAUUUUAAAUGGACACUCAAGUUGUCAUAACCACCUCAGUGGAUUGAAGUGAGUAUGGUGCUUAGUCUGUGAGUGCAAGGUCCUGUGAAUUGGUUUUGUUCCUGCAGACCUGUCUCCAAUACAUAGGCGGAGCUAUACUCUUUUUAGAAACAUAGAAUGUGACGGUAGAUAAGAACCAUUCGGCCCAUCAUAUCUCUGCCAUAUUGUCAGUGAAAGCUGUUUAGUCUUGAUGCGGAACCUGCACCUACACAUUCCAGGCACCAUAACUUCAGUCCAUCGAAAUGGUUCUGGUGCCUACCGUGUCCCUUUAAUAAUGGUGAUCCCUUGAUGCUGUGCUGUUACAGAUUGUGCACCAUUACAAUGUCAAUGGUAGUACACUAUUUUAAAAGAACACUAUUGUCACCUAAAUUACUUUAGCUAAAUAAAUCAGUUUUAGUGUAUAGAUCAUUCCUCUGCAAUUUCUCUGCUCAAUUCACUGCCAUUUAGGAGUUAAAUCACUUUAUUUCUGUUUAUGCAGCCCUAGCCACACCUCCCCUGGCUAUGAUUGACAGAGCCUGCAUUGAAAAAAAAAAAACGGUUUCACUUUCAAACAGAUGUAAAUUACCUUAAAUAAUUGUAUCUCAAUCUCUAAAUUGAACUUUAAUCACAUACAGGAGGCUCUUGCAGGGUCUAGCAAGCUAUUAACAUAGCAGGGGAUAAGAAAAUCUUAAUUAAACAGAACUUGCAAUAAAGAAAGCCUAAAUAGGGCUCUCUUUACAGGAAGUGUUUAUGGAAGGCUGUGCAAGUCACAUGCAGAGAGGUGUGACUAGGGUUCAUAAACAAAGGGAUUUAACUCCUAAAUGGCAGUGAAUUGAGCAGUGAAAUUGCAGGGGCAUGUUCUAUACACCAAAACUGCUUCAUUAAGCUAUAGUUGUUCAGGUGACUAUAGUGUCCUUUUAAAUGGAUGUUGUGGAGAAACUGUUGCAAUACAUAUAUAUUUGUUUCAUUCAAUGUAAUAACACAGUUAGCGAACUUGUUAUAUGUAAGGCUGUAUUUUCUGGGGUUUUUUUUUUCUUGACCUGUAGUAUUUAGUUUACUAUUUGGGUAUAAUGGGUGUGUGCAUUCAGGGUAGACUGAUGUGAAAAUAAAAUAAUUUAAACAAUUGUAGCAGAAAGCUGCAACAUGAAAAGAAAUAUUAAUCUGAAUGCAGUGUGUGUGUGAUAUAUAUAUUAUUACAUUUUGCUCGGUUCUGCAUAUUUAUGGGUAAUCUAUAGAUACUCUGUUCUCUUAUCCAGAUAACGGGUGUGGGAGUAUAGCUAUAUUUAUGUGUGAUAUAUCCAUGCACAGAUAAAAAAUAUUAGGGGUCUUGAAGAGGCAAAAUCACUGGAAUAAAAAUCUGAAAUAUUCACAAAAUAUAUAUCUAAAAAGGCAGUAGGUAUAGAGGUCAUACGUUGUCUAUCUCUCUAUCUUUGUUUAACAGUUAUUAACAGGGCUUUAAUGUAACAUUUGUAGCACUUUUAUAAUGAGCUCUACGUAAGACAGCCUGUGAGCUUGCAAUCUAUUUGUACGUUUAUAUUGCUAUGUAAAGGUCUGUGUGGGUUUAUAUAGUACAUUUAUUUUCACAGUCUUCUGCCUUGUCAGGUACAAUAUUACCCCGCUUCACAGAAUGGCUUUUCAUCCAGUGCCCUCGCUGGCUGCUGCUGCCGCUGACCCUGGCUACGCUGGGCACAUAGCCUUUUGCUUCCGUUGCAAUAUUAAUUUAGCUGGACAAUAGAAAGACGGCUGCGCUUCCACACUGCCUUUCAAAGAGACCCAGACACCAGCAAACCCUUGUGUCUCUUUAAUUAUGUAUUAGGCUGCCUGGGCUGGCAGCUGGGGCCUGCUCCAUGCAUACAGCUCUGCUGUUUUUAAUCCCUUUUAAAAAGCCGCAGAAAGCAAUGGAUGCGUGACUGUCAUACCCUUCCCCCCGCCUCCUCUUCUCCAGCUUCUAAGCCUAGAGGUACAACAUCCCCUGCCAGCCAUUAUUCAGCCCGUCACUGCUUUGCAAGAGGCUUGCAGGAAGCCGGUUUGCCUGUAAUGAGCUGCCUAUGGCUGCGAGGAUGUAUACAUGUAAAUCGUAAACGUUGUUUUACAAACGCCUCGCUCCCUUAUUCUUAAUUGCAACGCAAAUCUGUAACCAGCACAGUCGGGCCAUUUCGGUAUGAUCAUAGCCCAUGUUGAUUAGGCAUUAGAACAGGAAACUAAGACUCUGUUCAUUACAUUAUUAACAAGUUCACCCCACAGUGGCUACUGUGUUCACACUGGCAAUCGAAGGGUUCAACGCUAGUUGCUCAUUGUUAUGUUUUAGGUUGAAAUGGGAAAUGCAGCAGCCAAGGAGUAGGGCACGAUUAAAAGAUCCAAGAGCCCUCUAUGCUAAAGUUAAAAUGAAUUGUAAAAGAAAAAAGUAAUGUCACCAGGAAAUGGGUGUGUAUUUCGGGGCUCCCCCUACUGGUUGUGUUUUAUAUUCUUGGUUCGUAAAUUUUCUCAUGUAACUGGAUCUCCAGUAAUGUUCCAGAUUAUUAGAAUAUGAGCCCCGAAUCUUUAACCACUGAUUGUGGCUUGGGAAGAAUGCAUGAUUAAGUGAGAAAACACAAAGUAUUUCUAUAGUGCCCUGUAGGUGGGGUUGGUGUCUGUAGGGAGUUGUAGACUAAUGAAAAGCUGAGUUUGUUGUUGGCAUUUACACAGGCUACCGAGAAGCUAAUGGAGCUCCUGGACAUCUUGGAUCGCUGGAUUGAUGAAACGCCCCCAGUGGACCAACCGUCACGAUUCGGCAACAAGGCCUUUCGCACCUGGUACGGAAAGCUGGAUCAGGUGGGAACAACGAGAGAACUACAGGGGCGACCAAUUAUGGUUUGGGGUCUCCAGCAGAGUGUGUUACAAAGGAGAGGGGACACUUUGUAUCCACACAAUGCAUGAGGAACCCAAAUGGUUCACCUAAAAUCCACUGGUUUGGAUUAUUAAUUAGUAGCUUAUUUUAGCUGCACUGGCCUCUGGUAUCAUUUAACCCAUAGCUCUGAAUAAUUUGGCACUCAAAUGGUUAACCCCGUCACAGCCUAUAAUUUUUACCACUUCUUGUUCACAGUAUUUAAGAUUGACUAUCGUUAUUCUGUUUUUCUUGAUGUGAAAUACAUGGCUACCUCUUAACUUUCACGGUAGAAGUCUUCCGACACAGUGAAGAGAAUAGUGAAUUCUAUUUAAAGGUUUUAUUAAUCUGGAACCCUUCCAAGUAUAAAUGGUUUUGUUUCCAUAACAACCACCGCAUUCUCCUUCAGUGUUAUAAUAACACAGAGCUGAUUGCUAGAAUCCCUGGCUUGAUAGAGGUUAGGCCUAGUAUUCUGAUAGGUCCACUCGGAGAGCAUCACUGGAUAUGUAUCUCACAGAUUCAACAAACUCCUACUCAUGGUCAGGACUGUAAGUGUAGAGUGGAAAUGUUGCUAUUACAAUCUUCGUCUCCCUUUCAAAAACUGCAAAUCUUGAGGGGUUUAAAAAAAAAAAAAUAUUCUGAACAGUAUAGUUUGACAUAUUAGGUUUUUAUUCAAAGUUCUCUCUUAUAGUCUAAUCCAGCUUGAUCGGACUCCCUUCUACUAAUCCCUCCUCCUCAUAUGUGAUAAUAAUGAAAGAUUUGAGUUAAGGGAGAGAAAUAAUUAAGACUAUCAGGUCAUGAUUGCAUAUUCCAUUUGGUCAAGGGUGUUGAAAAAUGGCAGGCUCACUUUACAAAUAUUGCUAAACACAGACAUGAAACUGUAAGAAUUUCCUUAUGCGCCCUUGUUACAAAUAAGUACAUCGGGGUAAAGGUUGAUUUAAAAACAAAUCAUGUUGUUAUGGCGAUUUGGAGCAAGUCAGAACCACGUUUAGCCAUGUCUUGUUGCACUCUCGAAAGAAAAAUGGCAUCCAGAUGGUUCUCAAGUCAUGAUUACGCACAGAUUAGCAAACAGAUCCCAUAGAGAGGUGUGUGUGUGUGUAUAUAUAUAUUUUUUAUUUGUGAAUUGAAACCUAAAUGUAAGCAUUUUCUUUUUUUACAGUGAGGUGUUUGUUUACUAAAAGCAUCCUAACUGUUUUUUAAUUUUUUAAAUUUUGUAAAAAAAAAAAUGUUUUUGUCUGGAGAUGGAAUUUUUAAUUUAUUUAUUUUUGUCAGCUUGGCUAUUUGAACACAGUGUGUUUAAAAAAAGAACGGGUCAUCUGUGGCUUGGAGUGUUUUGUUAAGAACUCAAUUCAACCAUGUACAACACAUUUCUAGUAAAGGCUGUUAACUAAGCUCACAACAAUGUAGACAAACGGGCAGCUCUACGUCUCUUAAUUAUUUACAACACCCAUGAGCCUCAGCCGACCAUUGUAAAUCAACAGUAGGUACCUAUUGACUACUCCUUGGGAAAACACAGGUCCAGUGUUGAAUUGCUAUGUUAAACAGUACCGAUAUAAUGUUUGCGUCUCGUUGACAUAGGAAGCAGAAAACCUAGUUUCCACGGUUAUCCCACCAGCGCUAAGUGCGGCAGUACCCGAAGUGGCCGUGUACCUAAAGGAAUCAGUCGGCAACUCUACCCGAAUUGACUAUGGCACAGGUACCUGGACAAUUGUUUUUAUUCUUUGUAGCUUACAGUUGUGCAUAGUAUUAGAAUAAUAAAAAAAAAAUCAUAUCUAUAUUCUACUUUUCUUUUUGUCCCUACUUGCUGAUUAGUAUAAACAUUUAACCUUUAUCUGCUUCCCCUUUCCUGAGAAUGACUGUUUCACAAUUAAGCUAUUCCUUUUCCCAUUUCCACUCCACACAAGUGUGUAGCUUUAUGGUAUAAUUUAAGUGGGACCGUGACAUCUCUGAAAAAUAACAUCAUUGAAUAAAACGCUGACAAUCACCUAUAACCAGUGUUAACAUUUUAUUUUCAUUAGAGGCACCAUUCUCUUUUAGAAUUAUAUUACAGAUUUAGUUCCAGUUCAGACAAGGCAAGGCCAGGGUAAACAUUGCGAGUGAAGAGAAAUCGGAACACCGUUUCAUUUCUCCUCUUCCAUGUAUUCUUUCUCUAUGCUGACUGCCAGGUGCAAAGGACAGAGUUUAUAACAAUGGUUGACAGGAAGCCAAGAUGGAGGCGCCCAGUAGCAGGGUGAAAAGGUUUAGAUUUCUACAUUAAAAUUAAUUUCUGACACCUUGCAAAUACAUAUUUGUUAAAUUUGUUACACAAGUAAACCUAAUAUAACAAUACUGGAAAGUGACCGUUUUCCCUUAAAUCGUUUCAGUGUAAACCGUGUUUAAAUAAAAUAAAAAACUAAAUACAUUUAUUCUUUUUUUGUUUUUGUUUUUUUAACAAGCACGAGGGUGAAUUUUGUAAGAAAAAGUCAAAUUGAGAAAUCACAAAGUGACAUCAAAUACCUUCUGUGACAAUAGAUGAUGCUAUUAUUUAUGUUUCCUUUUAAGUAAUCUAAAGCUCAUGUUUCAGGGGUCUCCGCAAUAGUUUUAGCUAAGGGUUGACUGAGAAUUAUGGUCUUAACUCGUGCUCUCUUUCAAAAUGGCAUUUCCGCAUGCAUCCAGCCUUUAAAAGUGGGGUCUGGCUGUCCUGUGAGUGAGAGGGUUACAUUUCUUUAAAGGAUCAUCGCUAUAAAAAGAGGUUACAGACCCAAUCAUCUCUAAGUAAUAUUAUCCACAGGGCACUGACAUUAUGAUUGGAUGCAGAGAGGGGGAAAUGAAGUGUAAGCUGCAGUUUUGUGUUUAGACUCAAGGGGGCUCUGUUGCUACAGAGGUGUCUGCUUGCCUGUCGCCUGCAGAGGUUUCGCUCAAUACUCUCCUGCCCACUGCUUCCUGAUAUGUCAGAUUUUUUUUCCCCCUCUCUCUUUUUCUCUCGCUCUCCUUUACAUCAUUUUUGGUUCUCAGUUAGUCACUUUAAAACAGUUUGUGCCUCGUUACUCCAUGGGGUGACAGCAUCACUCACAUGUGUUUCAACGGAACACUGGUAGACAUGCAAGAUGUGUUAUAAACACAGAGACGAUUUUACGCACACAAUACUCCAUGGGCAUGCAUAACAUCUCACUUGUAUAGCACACCGGGAGGGAUCCAGAGUUUAGGCAGGCUUUCACAGGUAAUGAAUAAUGCCACCUUUUUCAAGGAAACGGCUUGUUUCCCUGUUUCCUAUUUUUAUUUAUUUGUCUUCACUUUGCAAAAUCUGAGAUCUAGUAUUCGUGGCAUGAUUUGAAAAUACAAAAUAUAUACCGGAUUCACAAUAGAAUUGUAUAGCUGCCCACCUUAUCUGGAAACAAAAUGCUGGCAUGCUGUUUUUUUAACAUUAUUUUUUCUACACCGCCACAGAAGGUGUUGGUGCUAUAUAAUGGGAAUGAACUACAAAUUAUGCCAAAGCUUACAUUAUUGCAGUAAUUCGGCCCAUCAGUCUGGUUAUAAUAUACGUAUAGAACGCCAGCAUAUUCUCUGGCUGAUGCAUGCAAAUGAUAGCUACAGAAUACGUUUGGCACGCAGGAACAAGAGGUGAUGUGGGCGCAGCUCGAAAGAACUUACUGUAAAGUGAUACACUGCGCGAUCUGUGCUGUUCUGUUGCAAUUGCGUUUGUAUUUUUUAUCGUUUAUCCAGGGCUCCCGUUAGUCUAUUCUGGUUAUGGCCAACCUUGUUUUUAUUUUGUUCUAUAGUGAUUCACAUGAUUCUUAGCCAGCUGGAGUGCCACAGGUUAAACAUCACGAGACUAAUGUCAGGUCUGCCAGCUGUGGCUUAAUACACCGUAUAGUUCAGGCAAGGUGAGUGGCUGCCUAAAGAGUUAACCUGUGUACUGCAGGGCAUAAAGGAAACUGCCUAAGGUUACAAGAAAUAGACUCCAGAAUCAGAUCAGCCACAAUCUCGGAGACUCUGUGGGUUUUAUUCACUAAACAGUGAAUUGUGGUAAACGCAAAACAAGAUUGCAAAAUGUAGACCUAACUAGUUAAGCUGGAAAAGCACCUGAUUGGGAGAAUGUUUCCGAUGCAUCUAUUUUAGCCUGAAGUUGGUAUUGAAUAAAGCCUUUGUGCAUUUGUUCAGUAAAUGAACUACAUCCUCCUCCUCAUUCUGUCUGCUUGCAGGCCGUAAUCGGUGCUGAUACAGAACAAGAAUAGCGCUGACAGGCAGGAGCUCACUGAGAGAUGUAUUUUUCAAGGAAAUACAGAAUUAAAACUUUGAACAAUCACACUUCUAUUUUAUAGUUAUUUUAAUUAUUAUUUCACUGUUUGAAGACUAACGUAUUGUUAUUUUGUUCAUCUCUGUUUGCUGGCUAACCACAUGCCUUGUGCUUGCAGUUUUUUUUGUUGUCUUUGGGGGGUUUGUUUUUGUUGUAUACGCAUAGUUUGUGGCGCUGUACAAUGUAGUCUGUUUUUAUAUAUUUGCAAAGCUUUACCAUUUUUAUAAAGCCUAGAAAACUUGAUGGGGCAUGCAUCACUUUGAGACAACGGUCUCAUUCAAAAACGUUACCUUUGAAUGAGACAGUUGGCUGAAAAAGCAGAUACCGGUAAAUAUAAUUAUUAUUUUAUUUUAAAUGUGCCUGCUUCUUUCCUUCUUAUACUUUCCACGCCCAUUUCAGGGGGACACUGAUCUAACCAAGCAGCGUCCUGUCCCUAGAAAUGCUGGAAAAAUUGCAUUGGGCAUGUCUGACCGAUAAACCCAUGUGCAGUUGGAAGAUCUCUUCACCUUGUAACAUCCUGACAGGGGGAGAAGUGAGGGGUCUGAUCUGUGUGAUUCACGCAGAGCAGGCUCCAGUGUCUGGUUUCUCUCUCUCUCCUGUUGCUGAACAUUGAUGCCCUGUUUCUGUCAUUAGUGGACUGGUCUGAAACUGAGAUAUAUGUGGGUAAAAGGAUGGGAUGGGGGCUGAAGAAUCUCCCCUAACUGAGAUCCGUACCAAACAAUGCUAUCUGACCAAGUUUACAGAAAGUUAAGAAAUGUUUGUUACGUAUUUUUCAAUGUAGUUAUUACUUUAUUUUGGUUUGUAUAUUUUUGUAUAUUUAAAAGUAUUUGCCGGUUUUACAAAAAAUAAUUGUCAAGUGAUGCAUGUCACUCUAAGAACUUUUUUCUUUUUUUUUCUUAUUUACAACAAAGUGUAAAAAUUUCAAUAAGUAUGUCUAGUAGUUAGAGAUCGAAACCGUAAAUUGCAAUAUGCAGCAACGUUUUAUUUAUAUAUAUAUAUUUUUUUUUUGGCGACUUUACUGUAUUGAAGGGACAGUCUAAGCAUCAAAACAACAUUAACUUACUGAUGCGGUUUUGGUGUAUAGAUAAAAACCUUGUAGCCCCACUACUUAAUUCUCUACUCAAAUCACUUGGUUUUUGCAGCCUUUAUCAUACCUCCCUGCAUGUGACUCACACAGCAUUUUCAGUCAGCACAGUGUGUUUACUUUAGAAAUUCUUACUUCCUGUUCUGUUAAUUGAAAUUAAAAGGCAUAUUGCACGCUACUAACCGAGCAAGAGGUCAGAAGCUCAAAAAUAUGGCUAUUUUUUGGGAAGGGCGUAGGGAGGCUGCAUCAGUCACAGCCAGGAGAGGUGUGGCUAUGGCCGAAUAAAAGUAAAUGUGUUUUUAACUCAUAAAUGACAGAGCAUUGAGCAGGUGGGCUGCAGGGGAAUUAUCUAUACACUAAACCUCUUUCAUUAAGCUAAAGUUGUUUUGGUGCUUUUUAAUAGCAGAUUUCUACAUUUUUCCAAUGCUCUGUCCCCCAGUAUUUUCAAAUCUCAAUUGUGUUUACUUUGCCUCUGUAUAGAGGGUCAGCUAGACAACACAUCUAUAUUUCAAUUUGUGUGUUUUGUAAUCUGAUUGACUUCCCAACAAUUCACACUUCAUAUCUCCACGAUGCAUAUCUAUAAUGUACAAUUUUUCAAAGAAUAAGGACUUUGUAGUAUACCAGUGAUUUAAAUUAUACUCCGCUAAAGGACCACUAAAGUCACUGAGACCACCUUAUUUCAGUGAAAUUGUCUGGUUGCCCAAUCCUGUAAUUUUAACUGUGAAAUGUAAAACCUGCAGUUUUGUAUAAACUGCAAUGUUUGCAUUGCAGGGUGAAACACACCUUUUGUGGCUGUCAUCCAGAUAGCCACUAGCGGCGCUUUCUCUAAAAUGACAAAGUAAAACUCACCGUGAAUUAGCAGCCAUUUUGAAUACCCCUCCAUGAGGAGCAUUGGACUAGCCAUUAACUCAAGAGCUGGAUAACGUUGCGAGAGGCAGAACAGUUGGCGAAAAAGUAAUAGUUAUCUGCAACUAGAGCACUAUAUCGUUAGGAAUACAAGUUUGUACUUCUAGCGCUAUAUAAGUCCCUUUAAAUGUAAACACCAUAAGCUAUGAGGUGUGCCCUUUUUCAGAUACCACUCAGCAGACUAAACACUGCUCAAUUAAGCUGCUAUGUGAUCUAUCAAGCGAAAAAGGCAGCAGUGGCCACAGGUUAAAGUAGCUCUAAACCAGGACUUGAUAACCUAGCUCUUGCUGAGUUUGAUGCGAGUUGGUUUCACCUGAUUGGUUAGGUUUGUCAGAAACUGAUUGGUAUUGCCUACACCUGACUUGACAUCGUUUGAUCAAAUUUGUCCUAGGACGUACAAUGUAUAAAGGUUUCAGGGAUAAUAACUGCCAUUAUUCUUUGUUGUCUUGUUUCGUUACAACCCACACCUUGUAUGUCCCCUUGUAACGUGUUGGUCUCAGCAAAAGUACCUAAUAACCCAGUGGGUGCCUUUGGCAUGGUAUAAGCUAUCCUUCCAUAACUGUGUGUCUGUUCAAUGAAGAUGCGUGAAUUUCAUUCUGCACAAGCUCAAGUGAUUCUCUUUUGCAGGUCAUGAAGCUGCAUUUGCAGCUUUCCUUUUUUGCCUCUGUAAAAUUGAAGUUCUCAAAGUAGACGACCAACUGGCCAUCGUCUUUAGAGUGUUUAAUCGGUAAGAACCAGUACCCACAGGGGAGAAUUCCAUUGUAUUGUAUUGUAUCCAUAGUAUUUCUUGAGAAACCAAGUCUCACAGAAUGUUAUAAUUAAAGGGACAUUAUAGUCACCAGAACAACUACAGCUUAAGAGAAAGGGCAGUGUUUACAUUACUACCUAGUAACCUCUCUAGUGGCCGUCACUUAGACGGCCACUAGAGGUGCUUCCUGGAUCAGUGCUGCACAACAUAUAGCACUGACGUUCAGCGUCUCCACACUCUGCAUGGAGACGCUGAACUUUCCCCAUAGAGAUACAUUGAUUCAAUGCACGUCUAUGAGGAGAUGCUAAAUGGCCAGUGCGGCAUUUGGCCUCCGCUCCCCGCCACGCCUCCUUGGCUGAGAUAAUCAGAAUUGACGAUCUCAGUCAGGGGCUAAAUUGUGUUUUUUAACACUAUACGAUCUGGAAUACACAUAUUGUAUACCUGACCCCAUAGUGUUUCUUUAAAAUAAAAACUGCAAACCAUACAGUGUUCAUACUGUUUUCUUUUCUUACUUUCAACAGCUACCUUGAGGUCAUGAGAAAGCUUCAGAAAACCUACAGAAUGGAACCGGCUGGCAGCCAAGGAGUCUGGGGGCUAGAUGACUUCCAGUUCCUUCCAUUUAUAUGGGGCAGUGCUCAAUUUGUAGGUAAAGAAUAGAUUACCCUUUAUUAUCAACCUGUACUUCCAGCAUCCCAAUGUAGGGUCAUAUAGAUAUGAGAAAAAGCAAAACACUAGUAUCCCUUACUUCUCUUUGGCUGUCUUUGUCUGUCCAUCAAGGUUGUCAGAUUCCAGACCCCCCACCCCGGAUGUUAAACAGUAAUGCCAAUAAUUAGAUUGCAUUCAAAGAAUUCUGGGAGUUGUAGCACAUCCAAUGGUGUUUUAACCGGGUGUUGUGUGCCCUGGGGGACAGCCGGCCGGGGCAUGCACAGCUUGCUCUGGGCCUGUUUAAAGUGGCUGCGGAGCAGGUGGUGAGAGCUGCUGGGAUCUCUCUGCACUGCCUCCUGCCCGGCUCAAUGUACUGAUGCUGGGAGCAGGGAUAUCUGUGCAGCAAACCACUGCCCUCCAUGGAUGAGGUUCUACUCCAGCUUCCUUUUAAGGUAAGAAAAAGAAGGCUGGAUGGACUUCACUGUGGGAAAAAAAAAUAUGAAAAAUUAAGUGAGUGUAUAUGAUUGUGUGUCUGUGUAUAUCAUUGUAAGUGUGUGUGAAUAUGAAUUUUAGGGGAUUAAGGUGUGCAAAGUGAGACACGCACAAAUAAAAAAAAUAAAUGAAAAUUUCUAAUGUUUGGAGGCUGUUUUCGCCCCAAGAGCCAUGUGACAUGGGCACACCUCUGAGUACUUAAGGGUAAUUAAAGGAUCACUAUAGUGUCAGGAACAUAAACAUGCAUUCCUGACACUACAGUGUUAAACUGUUUAGUGGUCCUGCCCCCUUUCUUUAAAGUGAAAAGGUGUUCAAACUUGCCUUUUUUCCCAAGCUGUGCCGGUCUCACCGGGGCUGGCUCUGCUUCCAUGACUGCUAUCAUCAAACUUGAUGAUCUCAGCCAAUCCAAUGCUUUCCCAUAGGAAAGCAUUGGGAGGCUAUUGCACUUGUGCAACAAAAUGCCAUGCUGCGCCAAUCAGUUCUCUUUGGGGAACAUUCAGCCCUCCUGUGCAGCACUGGACUAGGAAGCACCUUUAGUAGUUCUCUGAAAAAGCAGUGGUUACAUUAAAAAGCCUGCAGGGAAAUGCUAUAGACCCCAGAACCACUACAUUGAGCUGUAGUGGUUCUGGUGUCUCUAGUGUCCCUUUAAGCAGAUAGGUUAGUAAACAAAAAAUGGGCUUUGCCAUUUGAGAAAUAACUUUGAAAAUACAUCUUAUACUAUAUGGGCUGUUCAUCUAUAAGAAAUAGCUUUGAUCAAUAAGCAUGUUAUCAGAUGAACAGAGAAAGUAAUCCAUUUUUAUUUGCAGAUAAUCCUACCUUGGAACCCAGGCAUUUUGUGGAUGAAAAGGUGGUGAAUGAAAAUCACAACGAUUACAUGUUCCUGGAAUGUAUUUUGUUUAUUACAGAGGUAAGAAGCUUUUUUUUUUUUUGGCCAUCACAAUUACUGUAAAUGUAUACAUGUCUCCACAAUAUGUCUCCAAUUUUCCAUAGGCUGCUUAUAUUUUAUCUAUUAGGCAGGAUAGCCCAGGUCAGAUCCUCAAAGGCAGUAGACACGCUCAGUUUGCAGGGUAAUACCUUGAUAAAGGUGGGUUUGAUAAAGAUUAAUAGGUCAAAAUGUUGCUUUGCCUUCCUGAUCCAAUAAAUCUGCCUGUGUGUCUUUAAAGGAGCACUAUAGUGCUCUAUAGUGUUAAUAGGUCCCCCCUCCCGCUGGGCUGAAGGGGUUAAAACCCCUUAAGCCACUUACCUUUCUCCAGCGCCGGGCUCCCUCGGCACUGGUGACCUCUCUUCCUCCUGCCGACCUCAGGGCCAAAUGCGCAUGCGCAGCAAGAGCCGCGGGCGCAUUCAAACAGCCCAUCGGAAACUAUUACUCAAUGCUUUCCUAUGGACGUCCAGCGUCUUCUCACUGUGAUUUUUCACAGUGAGAAUCACGGAAGCACCUCUAGCGGCUGUCAGUGAGACAGCUGCUAGAGGCUGGAUUAACCCUCAGUGAAACAUAGCAGUUUCUCUGAAACUGUUAUGUUUACAGCUGCAGGGUUAAAACUAGAGGGACCUGGCACCCAGACCACUUCAUUGAGCUGAAGUGGUCUGGGUGCCUAUAGUGGUCCUUUAAUUCCGUGAGUGCCUGAAGAUUUUUUUUCUAUUUUAUUAUACGUGUUUUGGAUUUGCUGAUCCUGCUUCGGUGCGCACGGUUUCUUUUUCUCUGUUUCGGGGUAAUACCCGUCAGUGAGUCUGACAUAUGUGCAUUAAAGACAUGGUACACAAUAUAUUUUUUUAAGAUUUGUGCAAAAAUUAGUUUGGACCAGUUUGUCCAAAUCAAAUUCCUUUAUUCCACAUCUCAACUAAUGAAUCCAUCUGGGAUUUACCUGUUGAGUCUUAGUUUAUGAAUAAGACUCCACAGAUAAGUACCAGACCGAUCGACUUUCAGGUGUGGAUUAAAAGGAAUUUGAUUUUAAUGAACAAGUCUAAAAAAUCUAUUAUACUUUAGUGUCUUCCUGUCCUUAAUACAGAUAUGUCACUCACUAACAAAUGUCUCCAUUGUCCUCAAAUUCUACUAAUAAUGUAUAUUUAAAGGGACACUAUAUUGUCAGGAACACAAAUGUGUAUUCCUGACAAUAUAGUUCUAAAACCACAGUUUAGGUGGUCUUCCCCCUUACCUAGGGUUAGAAAUGUGACUUGCACACCUUUUUUCAGUGCAACACGAGGCUCCUUGUCUCUGGCUCCGCCCCUGACCCACCUCCUUAGCUGACAUCAGAAAUGUUGAUCUCAGCCAAUCACAAUGCUUUCCCAUAGGAAAGCAUUGGAUUGGCUGGUGUCGUCAAUUCUGAUCAUAUCAGCCGCAGAGGCGGGGCCAAAUGCCGCCCUGGCCAAUCAGCAUCUCCUCGUAGAGGACUUAAUGCAUCUCUCUGAGGAAAAUUCAGCAUCUUCAUGCAAACUGUCUGAGGAGUGGCCAAUAGAGGUGUUCCUAGGCUGUAGCCUUUUCUCUGAAAAGGCAGUGUUUACAUUAAAAGCAUGCAGGGACAGACUAUACUCCCUGGAAUAACUACAAUAAGCUGUUGUUUUUUGGUGACUAUAGUGUCCCUUUAAGGAUCCUCUUACAGGAGCCUAGAUGGGUCAUUUUGUCUCUGAUAUAUUCAAUGACAGACAAGCAGCCAUAGGCCCGUGGCUGAAACACGUGCUAUUAAUUAUGUCAGAGGUGUAUACUAAGGCUUGUGGCACAAUCUGUCCAGGACAAAUCUGAGAAUCAUUCAGGAUUGGGUUAUGUAAGGACCAGUCAUUGAAAAUAUAGAAUACAUAAAACUCUUUGCAACCAUGUUUUUAUUAAGUAAGCAAGUGGAAUGUUCUCCUUGUAGUUAAUGCCAUCAAUUAUAAAUGCAUAAAAAUAACACUUUCUGUGUUAUAAACUGCAUGUAUUUUUUACGUGUUUACCACUCAAAGUGCUGCUUUUUUUUCCCAGUACAAAUACCAAAAAAUAUAUAAAAAUUAAACUGUUGUGGUCUUUUUUCCAGAUCCUAUACAAGGAAAAAGAUAAAUAAAUCUCAUUUAUUAUGAUGCAGAACUUUUAAAGGUAUCUUAAUGUACAGCGCCUACGGAAUGUGAUGGCGCUAUAUAAAUAAUAAAAUAAUAAUAAUAACAUAAAUAAGGGCAGUGAGUUUGUAAUUUUCUCCACUUUCCUUUUAUGCAGUGUUUCCAUGGGUAGGUCUGCAUUGGUAUUUAACACCCACCUCCCCCGACAUCAGACUUGAAUGAACACGGUCAGUGAGAGAAUACCAGCCUUUUGUGCAUUAAGACUCAGUGUAUUGCCCCCAGUGGCUAAAUACAGGAUUGAACCCUGGGGGCACCUUUCGUUCCAAUAGCAUGUGAGCCUGUAAAACAGGCUUUGGGAUCCUUAUCAAUUAAAAGGCCAGCUUAAGCAUUUCUCAUGGAAACCAAAUGUAAAAUCCUCUAAUGGAAGUUACAUCUAUUUGAUUCAUUAUUAUGUUUAUUUAUUUUCCUUUAAAAGGACAGGUGAAAAGGAAAUAUAGACAGCUGAAUUUUAAAAAAUAUCAGCAGAAUUAUUCACUAAUGAUAAGGAAUGCAAAGUAAAUUCGUUUUAUGCCAGGAUUCCCAACAAGGAAACCUCCCUGGUAAUUCACACUUUAUCGAAUAGCCCUGAUGUAUUUCGUAAAUGAGAAAAAAAAGGUUUUCACCUUAUCUGGAUCUGCCUUUUUGUGACUAAAACAGUACAGAUGUUCUAUAACUUGGGUUUGAUUUUACUACAAAAAUGUACAGCGUUUCUUUCAAACUGCACUAUAAUCACUGUAAACACCGUUUAUCGAAUAAUGCCUUUAAACCAUUGUCAGAAAAAAAAAAACAUCCUACAGCACUGAUCGCUACCCUUGGCACCACCAUUGCUAGUGACUCGCACUCACAUGAUGCUCAGGCACUCCACAUUCUAGCUGAGCAACAUGGGAACAGCAGCAGUGCAUCUAGAACACCUGCAGUGAUUAGCAUCAGUGUGCUACAGUGUUGAACACAGGAAUAUUCUUGUGUAUACAUUAACAGAAGGGUAAAUAUAAGGUUACCUUUUAAUGCUCAUGUACCAAGACAAGUUACUCUUGACUUGCUGACUGCAGCAGAUGCAUAUUUAAAGGUAUAUGACCCGUUUUUGUUUAGAGGUCCACUCCCAUGAAAAUUAUCUUCCACUUGUUUCAUGUACUGUAUAAAAAGGAUAUUUUGUCAUCUUUUGUUGAGACGCAUCCCAUAAUUUCAGAUGAGUAAACCUGGGCACUUUUAGCAUUGUUGUUCAAGAUAUGGCCUUCUAUUAGACGAUUAGAGAACAUUUUUAGUAACUUCAUGCCCUACCAAUAGUCAUUUAUGUCAUUUCUGAAUGCAUUUACUAUCGUUACUGUGAGAUUUACAAAUCAGAUACUGUGUAAUACACUUAUACACAUCAAACAAUUUAGCUCCCAGAAAGUAGGACGCUGCAGUAGGAAAAAAAUCCAAAUUUGGUCCUAGUGACGAACAGCCUCUGCAAAGGGACACGUCUUGGGAAGCAGGUUGUGAAUUGACAACAAAGCAAAAUCUAGUCUAAAAUAUUUCGAAUUUAGAAAAUCUAUUUCUUUUGGCGUAAAUUUUGUAGUUUGCCAUUUGACAGCGUUUCACUUUUUGCAGUGACUAAAACAUUAAGUAAGAUUCUACUGUGUAAAAGUUUACUCAAUUAAAGGGAAUAUGUCUUAAGAAAAUGUACACAUAUUUCUGUUAAACGUAGGCUUUAAUUUGCGGUAAAAAAAAUUGUAACUGGUAACAUAAAAUAAAUGAUCUUUAAUAUAAUACAACCAUGUCAGUCGUGCCAUCUUGGGAGACUUGUAUGGACCGCAAUAAUAUCUCAAUGCCAUCCCUGGUCCUUUGUCAAAUGCUGUAGGUGCGGUCUGACAAAAUAAUGUGGGUCUCCACGGCACCCAGAGCCCACCUCCUCCUGGGCAGCAUUGAUAAUGCAGAAUUUACUCUUCUCCAAUAUAAAUAUCUGUUGUGUCCAUCCUGGAUGGCAGUGGGGGGAGUGAACAGCCUUGUUUUUUGCAAACUACUCCCAAAGGUUUGACAAAGAACAACGUGACUCUGUAAUGUUUUGCACAACACAGUGCCUUUAAAUAUACUUCCCCUUCAAAGUAUUUCAUUUAUUUUGCAUAUUCCAUUAGUCACUCAUUAACCGUUACCGAAAAAAGAUGGAAACGUGAACUGGCUCAUAAAUAGCCCUGUUUAGUGCCGGUUCCUUUCCCUUCUGCCCAGCAAUGUAUUAUUUUUUUAAUAGCUCCCUGUUGCUCAACCGUAUGCCUAACCAUGCGUGGCACAGCUUUCCGUUGGUAGGGAUGGGCACUGUGUGGAAAUUUCACUCUGCUUUUGUACCCUAAGGAACAUAAAUGGCUAAGGUUGUUGGCGUUGUUUAAAAAGGUGUCUAAAAUAUAUUUAACCCCUCCCUCUGUGGGCAUGGAACAUUUGCACUGAGCCGGUGGUAUAUACCCCCCCUGUUCCAGGGCAAAGCCUUUGUUUAAAUCAGGGGUGAACAAAACACAGCCCUGGAACCCUCGUAAGGCUCUCACUGCCCUUUGCCAGCCUAUAUCCUGGCAUUGCACCAUGCGAGUGGAAAGACUGCAAGAACCGAAGGGCAAAGUGUCAGCCACACUUGGGUUAAAGUCUUAUGUACACCGAGGCACUGAAAGUGUUAAACAUGUACUAUAAUAAAGUGUAAAAUCGCUGAAGUUCUAAAUGAGUAGAAAAAAACAAACAACAAAAAGACGUCUCAACGAAAAUGACUUGUAGCAAAUUAAAAAAGACACAGUGAAGCCUGCCAUGCCUGAGAAAUCUCUCGCAACACAGUUUCCACUUCACUCUGCCCUUCUAAAUUUGGAGGAGAAAUUCCUUUUUUUUUUUUUUUCUCUCCCUGCUCUCGAUCUAGAGAAGGGAGGUUUCAGGUUACUGCUGGAAGGGAAGGAACUGACAGGAAGGGGUUGUUCUCAUCUAUCCCUCAUCUCCCCCUGUCUCCCUCCCCGCUCUCCCUCCUCUUACUGACUGAGGAACCAUUUACAAAAGGCUCAUUCUCUGGGGAGAGUAGAGUCAGGAACGUAGAAGCCUGUGUGAGUAAUUUCCUGCUCAAUAUGGCUUCUCUGACUCAUACAAUCCCCCUGAGGAUACUGAAGGAUUGGCUCUCUCUCUUCCCCUCUCCAUCAUGUGAUGUGUCUCUCUCUCUCUCAGCUCUGGACUCUUUCUGUUGCAGUCUCUCUCCUCUGACAUAUCCCUGGAUUCUCUUUGUAUGCCGUUCUUUCCAUAUUUUACUGGCCCAUUUUAAAACCAGCUAUUUUUAUACAAUUCUUAUCCUUCAAAUGAGUGGGGAAACGGGUUUUCUUUGGUUUUCAAUUUUUUUAUUUUUCAGUACAAUACAACACGUUUAUCAAGCGACACAAAGAAAAUCAAGUGUUUAAUGUACUUCUGAUUUGCUUGUGUACAUAUUGUGUCUGUGUUAAUAAAUAUAUGUGCGUAAUUUCCUGCUGCACGUGAAAAAUACCUUUUAUAAAUGUCGAUAUUUAAAAUAUAUAUCCAUAUUGCAGUUGUGUGUGCAUAAUAUAAUUUUUUUUUUUUUUUACGAAAAUCGUUACUCCUCCUGCUCUCUCUUAACUGGAAGUCCUUCAGUUUUUAGAGGAAAUGAAAAAAAGAGAGAACGCAAAAAUUUCCGUUUGUUAGCAGCCGUACGUUCUAUAGCAGUUUUCGUUCUUUGUUUUGUCAGAUAUCAAAGGGUUAAACCUAGGUUUUCCACCUAUCCCUCCAUUCUGCUUGUUUCUCGAAAUCUGGCCCCUGGUAAGUUUACCAUUAACCAUAUACGGUGCACUGGUUACUGUCUGGCAUUAUAACAGAUUAGUGUCAGCGCUGGGAAAGUCCCGGCUUGUGAAAUGCCAGUUUGCUUGUCUCUGCUUCAGUGCAACCUAGCAAUUAAACGGACUACAAGAUUGUACAGGCAAAUAGAAUGACAAGUUAUUAAAGAGGGAAGGGGGUAGGCGGGAGGUUUGAUGUUGCUGCAGUCCUAUUGGAUAAUUGCAGGUAUUUUAUCUCGAAAUUCAGGAAGGAACACUGAUAGCCAAAACCAGGAAGUGUCUUGGGAAACAGGAGAGCAGUAAACCGAACAAAAAAUAUUGCGUUUCGUACUGCAAAUAACAUUGCGUUUCAUUCCGUUCUGUAAAUAGCACAGCUUCACUGAAAAUAAAUAUUUGGAAAUAAAUCUAGACGCCCUUUUUAUUAGCGGAUACAACGUUGACAGAUUGGGACAGUAUUCCUUCUUUCAAAUCUUUUAACCAUUUCAUUGUCCAAUUGUCAAGCAACUUAUUUAAGAUUAUUCGCUUAAAUGAGCGUUGUGAGGACUAGACAAGAUUUCAGAUUUUAAGCCAAGAUAGCAGUGGAGGAAAAAUAACCGAAUUGGAUAAUAUUUCAUGUUGAGAAAUGCCAAAAUUUGUAAUUCUACAUAAAUCCAGCUUUAGAGAAUUGUGCGCAAUUCCUAGUGUAGUAAAUCUCGUUCUACUGUCUUAUGGCAUUGUAAUGUUUUUACAGCAAUAGAACCUCACUUUGUACGCUUUUUUUAAAGUGAGAAGAAAAACCAGUGCAGAGUUCAAACUCUAGUCAGAAAGGCUAGCAAUCCAAUUAACCAAGAUCUACCGGUACUUGACAGCAGAAGUUAGCAAUGAUCAUUAGAACAGUGAGUCAUACGAAAAUUUUGCAUAAUGAACUUUUAGAGGUUUAGUCUCAAAAUCUGAUAUUUUGGAGGUAAUUGCAAAUUUUAGGCAAAAUUGUCCAAACUGAAGAAGAAAAAUCUUCUACUCUUUGAUCUGCUUUUCCAUCUCCAUUAUUCUGGCCUGUAACACGUCCAUUCUCAUCAGUUCUCAAUUUAAUGAAUAAUCGCCUCCAUAAAAUGUGUAUAUUUCCCUUCUUCCCAGCCUUGUUUGAAUGUAAACUAUUUUGCAACCACAUAUGACUGAGCACAAGUAGUGAACCAUUUAUUUCUAGUGGUACAAAACCUUCAAAAUGUUGUUUUUCACAGGGAUCUAAGUGAUGACAACGAAUACUUUUUUUCUUUUUUUUUUUUUAAAUAGUCAUUUUAUGAAGUGUGCUGCAAAAACAAAAACGGCUGCUCCUUGUGGGUUUAUUCCAGUCUACCUGCCAUAUUGCAAAAUUGCUUCCAGAGCAUGACCGGCCUUAACCUCUCUCAGUAAAAUUCUUGCUUUCUAUUCGUAGAUGAAGACCGGCCCAUUUGCGGAGCACUCCAACCAGCUUUGGAAUAUCAGCGCGGUCCCUUCCUGGUCUAAAGUGAACCAAGGGCUCGUUCGCAUGUAUAAGGCUGAGGUAAGCGAACUAUGGUGUCAUGGAACAAGAUAGCCGAGCCCACCAAUCUUGCAGUGGAUUUAAUAUAUCACAUUCAUUCUCUUUCAGACUAGAACCAUUAAAAAUGUGAAAUGUGUAUUAUGUACAUUGGUAACAUCCAAUGGACAAAUUGUCUAUAAAAAGCAUAAAACAAUAUCCUAAGAGUCAAUGAUCCAGUACAGCCUUGUACGUAGGAGUGUCAGACUCCAUUUCCCUACAUUCUCUGCCACAGAGUUACAGGAAUUGUGGUUCCACAGCAGCUGAAUGAGAAGGUUUGAAACUCCCUCUUUACAGAAUAGCCUCCAGUCACAAAUCUACUAUCUGUUUUGGUUUGACAUGGGGUAGAGAAGUAACAAGGUUAUAGAAAAAGAAUUAUAUCCUAGCUUCCAAUGGCUUUAAUGACCGUUUAUUAGAGGUAGCAGAUUUGGACACUUGGUACUGGUUAUACACAAAUUCCAUGCUCUGUUGGGAUGUACAUGAAAAAUGCUUCCCUCUAUAUUCUGAUAGAGGGAAAUAGAUUAAUCACAAAAUAAAUCCUACAGAAAUUCCCGUAGUUAAUUAAUUGAUUCCCCUUUGGCAGAAUGUGUUCUUUUAUGCACGAAAAUAUUAUCAAAAAUGGUCUAUCAGCCAGCUGGUCAACAGUUGAAGGCGUAUCCAGCUCAGCCACAAACGUGGAAGAUGUGUGUGGCUCAAAAUAACGUAGUCCUGGCUAUGUGCUUUUGAUUUCCAUAUUGAUGUUUAUUACUGUUUCAUUUAGGAAUUAUUUUUUUUUUCCCCUCCACAAACAUGUUAAAAGCUAACUAUAACUUUUUGAAAAUUACAUAAGCAAAUGAAUACAAUGAAUAAGCAUGGUGCUCACUAAAACCACUUCAUCUAAAUGAAGUUGUUAUAGUGCCUACAGUAGUCGUCGUCCCCCACCCCCUAUGCCCUAGGCUCUAAAUAGCAUGAUUUUAAUUAUGUGAAGGCUUUGAAGCUCGGCUUCAAGCUAUGCCUCCAAGUCCUGUAUGCGCAGUGCCAUCACGGGUUGUCCUAGGGAGUCAUGCAUUCAUUUAUUCUCUAUGACAAGAGACACAUUGGCGGAUUGUGGCCAGCGCUGCACAUGCCCCUUCACUCCCCAGAGCUCCUCUCUACGGAACGCUGGAUUGGACCAUCAUCCUGUAGGCACACCUUCAAGAGGACGAGCACCGGCAGCACCGAAGGAGGCUUGGCAGUGGGGAAAAUAUAUAUAUUUUAUAAUGAGUAAAGGAGAGAUGCACUCUGUGGUCUUUUAAAGAUAAUUAUUGGUAUUUAAUGUCCAACAUAAUUCAAUGUUCGAUCGACGUUUCGACCUCUUCGGGUCUUCCUCAAGAUAGAUAGAUAUAUAUAUAUAUUUUUUUUUUUUUUUUUUUGUACAUUGUGGAUGGCGGGGGACGGGACUAAUACAGACAAUAAGACUGUAGUGUUGGGAAUAAAGAUUUGUAUUCCUAAUGCUAUAGGGUCCCUUUAAUAAAAUUAAAUAAAUUAAUACAAACACAGAAUUAUAGAGAAUUGAAACCCAAAUUGUAAAAUUUAGGCUAAAGUAGUCAAGCUAGUCGAGCUGGAGAAUUUUUCCAAAUUGUCUGUUUGCCUACAUUUUGAAGUCCUAUCCAUUUAUUACAGUUUAAUUCAGUUUUACAGUUUAAUUUUUAGUGAAUAAUCACAGAUUAUUUUAUUUAGCGUUAAGUUUCUAACCUACUCUGUAGCCAUCUACCCAGGACAUACUUGAAAACGAGAGAAAUCUCAAUGUAUCUUUCCUGGUAAAAUAUUUUAUAAAUAAAUAAAUAAAUAAUAAAUCGCCAUGUGUAUUUUAGCUUCAAUUUAAUUAUUAACUUUUUUUUCAGUGCCAUAAACAUACUCUUCUGAUGGGAAACAGAGUUAAGGCAAUCAGAAUCUGAGGGGAGUUUAGAAUGUUGUGUCUUCAAAUAGUUAAUAGAGAAGGCUUAAUCCUGUUAACAGUCAGCUGGUGUUAACCCCCUCCAUGUCUCUGCUAAUGCAUGAAGGGACAAAGGAUUAAAGAGGUUAAAAGUUCCUUAGAACUGAAUCAGUCUUUCCUCCUCCCCCCUCCUCAAUCUCUCCCCCCCUCCCUCCGCUUCACAUCCUGUGUGUGGUUCCACCCACAUACCUCUGUAAUCUGGGAGGCGUCUGUUGGAAGUCUGUCCUGUCUCCUUCCUGCAAACCAGGCUUUGUCUAUGCAUCCACACACAGACCAGGUGCUGGCUGGGAAGUUUCACUGCCCUGCAAUUUAACCCUUUUUAUUCUGUGAGUGAGCUCGAUGCAGCAUAGAAAGUGUUAAACACAAUUUUUCUUUAUAUAUAUAUAUAUAUAUAUAUAUAUAUAUGUACUUUUACCAUAAACGGACCCAUGCAUAUAGAUAUACGCACAUUUGCAUGGAUUACUGCGAAAUAACUGUUUCUAAUCAGAAUCGGGGUUUUUCGCUGUAUCAGGAUUGUAGAAUUUAGGGGGGAGGGAUCCAAAAAUUUGUUAUUUUAGACUAGUUUUUGAAAUUCUGUUUCGUGUUUUCUACUUUUCGGUUAUAAUUUAGAAAAUCCCAUCUUUUCUUCAGAGGAUGAGCUUUGUUUAAAUCUAUUUUUUAUUUUUUUUACAGUUUUUUGGGCAUCCUGGGUUACAUGUACAGUUUGAAUACACUUGCAGGACUGGUUGCACGAUGUUUCUUAUUUGUGUGUUCUGUAAGAUUUUGCAUUGCUGCACAGUGGCAGGAGGCUACGAUAUCUACUGAUUAGUUUGUUAGUGACAUGAGAGAUCACCUGUAGACUUUGUUGGGGCGAGAAUAUAAUCUCGAAAAGAUAGUUGUCAUACGAAAACCCAGCAAUAGUGAAAGCAGAAGGAUUAUUCACUAAACUACGAAUUGCAGAGAAAUGGCAGAACACAUAGCUGGUUUGUAAAGUCACAAACUUGGCUACAGUUGCAACUUAGCAAUUUAAGACUAAAAACACCCAAAUCACAGCAAAUCAGCCAAGUUCGACACAGCUACUUUAUCAAAUGCUUUUCAUGGAGAGCAUUUGAUUGGCGCAACACAUUGUGUUUUGCCGUGCAUGCGCAACAGCCUCCCAAUGCUCCUUCAUGGGGAAGCGUUGGGUGAGAUCAGCAAGAUUGACGAAUAUAAGGUAAGUCUUACAUUUUAAAUCCUCAGGCGAAGAAGUGUUUGGAUUCCUAACGUUAUAGCGUGCCUUAAAUUCUGGCAUUUGGAUUUCGUUUCAGUAGAAUUACGGUUUUUAAUCAGUUGGUAAUAUAAAUGCAGCCGUCCCAUUGGGCUCAUCUAGAACUCUGCUGAGUUCAAUACUGAGACUGGGAAGAACUGCUGGGUUCAGUAAACUCAAUCAGAACACGGCUUUUUGUUCGUUAAACUCCGUUUAAGUUUAGCUUUUUUUUUAGUUUGGUAUUCGGCAAGUUAACAUUGCCGGCCUUUUGAAUUCAGCUGUAAAACUACAGGUCCAGUAGAAUUCAGGAGAAUGCCAACCCAGACGAACCCAUCAGUUCUUCAAGCAAUAUGCUGAAUAGUGAAACUUCAGAGUUCAGCCCUCGGCUAUAGCUAUCUAAAUCAUGGAGAUUGCUGAAUAAACACUCCCAUGUGUUCUCACAGUUGAGUCUGCAUCACUGAGCAGCAGAGUUCAGAGAUCGCACUAGGGAGCCUCAGUCUGGCUGUCUGAUGUGGUAUAAAAAACAGUUUUCCUGUCCAGCUUGAUGGGUGUUGUAGCCCACAAUGGCUGCAAUAAUUAAGCCGUUAUAGCAGAAUUUUUUUUUUUUUAGCAGACUUUUUAAGGAAAAUAUGUGGGGUUAUUCAGUAGAAUGUGAAUUGUGCAGAACUCAUUGGGGAUUUGAAAUUCUAGGGCAAAAUGGACAAGUUACUGUAGAAAAAAUGUUCCAAUGCAGAUUAUUAUUUUUUUUAUUUUUGUCCUAGCAUUUUUCUUUCUUGUUGGUGCUCUCCGAUCCUCGUUUUUCUGAAUAAACACCUAAAGUAUUUGUGGAUACCAUGCCGUACAGUCCUGCAGAUCAGGUGUCCCCUUACAGCCUAUAGCAGCUUUACAUGCUGCUUCCAUGUGUGACUAACGCUUGUGACUAACCACUUCAAAACAUAGAAAUGUCCCUCUUUCAUCUCUGUUUUCCCAGCCUCUCCACCUUCCCUCUUUCUUGCGUAUCAGCUAUAUAGUUUACUCUUCAUUUUAUCUGUUUUACUGCAGCCGUGCCAACCAUGUGACGCAGGCCUCGUUGCCAUGUUGGUCCUACUUUCUCCUUGCCUAUUUACAUUGUUCAUAUUGGCCAUUUCAUUUUUAUAUUUUAAAGUAUCCAUAUGUGUUGUUAUCCUCUCCCCUUCUAACCCUCUUAGUAAACAUUUAAUAUUUUUUUUAAUGCUAAUUACUUGACGACCACGUGACCGUUUCUUUCAAAUCUGUACUCUGCUAUAUAAACAGUGAAGGUCCCGUUGCCUGUAACACUUUAAAAAAGCCUGAGUAAUAGGUGAAAUGCGUUGGUGUUUUAUCUUACUUAAAAAAUGUUAGUCUCUUAUACCAACCUUCCUUUUAUCCUGAUGUUUGAACACCAUCUUCCUUGGUGGGCUAUAUACCACCUACGCUUUAUGGAUUAAGCAAAACCCAAUUUUUACUCUGAUAGAAACAUGAUAGAAUGUGACGGCAGAUAAGAACCAUUUGGCCCAUAUUUUAUGAAUACUUUCAUUAGUCCUUGGCCUUAUCUUAUAUCUAGGAUAGCCUUAUGCCUAUCCUACACAUGCUUAAACUCCCUCACUGUGUUAACCUCUUCCACUUCAGCUGGAAGGCUAUUCCAUGCAUCCACUACCCUCUCGGUAAAUUAAAACUUUCUGGUAUUAUUUUUAAACUUUUGCCCCUGCAGCAUGGGGGGGCCGGCGGAGCUGGGGGGGAUUUCCCCAUAACCUGUCCCCCCGCAUGAUUUGCUGGGGGGGAUGCGUCGUCCCCCCCUCCCCCGGUUCCUACGCCCAUGCCUGGGACCUCUACAGGUUAUGGAAUGGAAGGAAGAAACUAGUGUUUUUUUGUUUUGUUUUUUACAUCAGUCAUAGAAACAUAGAAUGUGACGUCCGAUAAGAACCAUUUGGCCCAUCUAGUCUGCCCAAUACUUCAAAAUACUUUUAAGUUAGUUUUAUCUCAUAGUUAGGAUGGCCUUAUGCCUAUCCCACACAUGCCUAAACUCCUUUACUGUGUUCACCUCUACCACUUCCAUGCAUCCACUACCCUCUCAGUAAAGUAAUACUUCCUGAUAUUAUUUUUAAACCUUUGUCCCUCUAAUUUAAGACUGUCCUCUUGUUGUGGUAGUUUUUCUUCUUUUAAAUAUAGUCUCCUCCUUUACUGUGUUGAUUCUCUUUAUGUAUUUAAAUGUUUCUAUCGUAUCUCCUGUGUCUCGUCUUUCCUCAGAGCUAUACAUGUUAAGAUCCUGGUUCCUGGUAAGUUUUAUCCUGCAAUCCAUGAACCAGUUUAAUAGCCCUUCUCUGAACUCUCUCCAAAAGUAUCAAUAUCCUUCUGGAGAUACGGUCUCCAGUACUGGGUCCAAUACUCCAAGUGAGGUCUCAUCUGUACAAUGGCAUGAGCACUUCCCUCUUUCUAUUGCUAAUAUAUUUCCCUAUACAACCAAGCAUUGUGUUGUAUACUGCAACUAUAUUUUACUUUGUUUUAUCCAUAUACUCCACGGUGAGGAUCUCUGCUAUAUACAGCCAAGAGUGGGGAUCAUUCCACUCCACAUUAUUUACUAGGAGCCAUAAGAAGGCUCCAUUAAAUGUGAGUGAGUUUUGUAGCUUUUUUUUUAUUUUUUAUUAUUAUUAUUAUUUAAACAUAAAUACUACACUAUAUUUGUGUCAUUCUCUGUUUUUCUUUUAUAUCCCUCCCACCCACCUGGACCAAGACACCAGGUCCAUAUCUACAGGCGGUGAUUAUACCUCCCAGGCGCACUAAAUUGGAGCUAAUUAUCAGCUCCAUACACUGACUUUUCCAAAGCGCUGCUCCCUUCCUCUUACAUACUGCUUCCAUGUGUGCUCGCUUGUGACUAACACUAACCACUUCUAAACCUCUCCUUCUUUCAUCUCUCAUGUGUGUUCCUCUCACCCUACCAAAUGAAACCCACUCCUGGCUGCAGAACAGCAUAGCAUUUAGGUUUGAAGCUGAGCUGUUGUUUGCUCAGUCUCCUCCAGGCCCCAGAGUCUCUGGGAAGCGAGGCGAACUUUCACCCUGGUUGGAAUUCCAUGUGGUCUGAUCGCUACACUCCCCCAGCCUCCCUCAUGACAUCAGCAGAGCCGGCAGCUGCAACACGCUCGGGCUAACAGAGGAUACAAGGGGACUCCUAUGGCUCCCAGGAUCCUGUUCCCUUCGCUUGCUUUCACCGUUAUCUAUCAUUACUGCAACUUUAUACAUACAAUUUAUUAACCCUGGACUUUCCAGAUUUGUAAAAGACUCCUGCUUGAUAUCAUACUUACUAUCACUUUGAAAUUUUAGUAAAAUAAAGCCACGCCAGCAAUCAUUACCAUGAAUCUGCAUUGUCUAAAACACCAAGUGUGUAAGGAUAGACUCACUAUGCUCACAAAUUAGCAGUAGCACAACGCACCGUGAUGGCUAAUCUUGGCACCCAUGGGAACUGUAGUUUGCAAACAUCUGGGGUGCCUCGGUUGGGAAUCAAUAGAACCAAGCCUUUAUCGUCUUGAUCUCAUUGCACAAUUCUGCUGUUUACAAUGUAAAAUAAUGUUGUGAUGUACAAUAUCCUGUACCCACACCCCCUCUUUAUGUGCCGCUGAAUAUAUAAUUCUUGCUUUAUUUUCAUUAAAUCACAAAGUUCCCCCAUAUGUACUAACUUUUGCAUGCUCGAUGGGUGGAAGUGAAUUGAUGUUCAGUUAUACUUAAAAUAAAGAGAGAAAAAAGUGCCACUUAAAUUGCUUUUUUUUAAAUGUAUUUAUUGAUUAAAUAUUAUUAUUAUUACAUACGAAAUAUAACAGAGACAAGAGGUGAAGAAAUCCCCGGCCCCAACUAGCUUUUAAGAUGGGAACGGCAGACCUUGGCCUUAAUCUAAAAUCAAAAUGUGUUUUUAUCUUUCAAUUGCUAUGAAAUAAUUGUCAGUCUAUUGCCAGAUCCUUCAUUAAUACGGUGCACAGUAUCGCCAUUAAGGGCAGGACUGUAAUCAGAAUGGCACCCUAUAUUAUAGUCCUGAUUUUUAAUACAUUCUUGUAGUAUAUAUUUACAUAAUGCUUUCAUUGGAUGGACUACCUAUGCUCCUUGCAGAGGUUAUAGCUGCUUUGUCCUGGUCUCCCUGCAUUGUUCAAUUCAUUAAAACAGACAUGGCGUCAUUCAUGUGUUUUCACGAACGAAGCUACUUGAAACUGAUGAUCUAAAUUCUACAUACUGAAGCAGAAAACAGGUUAAUAGGUAGUAUUUUUUUAUGUAUUCAUUAUUUUUGAUGACUGUUUAAUGCAUUGUCUCUAUCUUUCUCAGUCGCACAAUGCUUAAUGUAUUCUUACAUUUCUCACUAUGAGCUAAAUCAGGGGAAAUCAUCCUUUGACACUCAGGGUAUUGUGAACUACAUCUCCCCUGAUGCUUUGCCAGCAUUAUGGUUGUAAGAUCAUUAUAGGAGAUGUAGUCCAAAAUCUACCCCUGACCUAAACUUGGUUGUUAAUAAAACAUUUGUGCUUACAAAUCAUCAGCACGUGUGAAUAUACAUCUUACAAAAUUUACAGGUAUGCGCUACGAGCCAGGCCUGCCACUUCAAGCUAUAGCAUAUUCAGGGGUAAAUGUCUACUCAUCAGGGCUAAAGUAUCACUGAUCAGUGGUUAGUGACGAGUGGAAACUUUAAACCCUGUUCCAAGCUAUACAUGAAUAUGGCUUUCCCCGUAGUCCAGUAUGGGACAGAAAUGAACAGGGCGACUACUUCUCUCUCUCCAUAUGAUUCGCACAGCAUCGCACAAUUUCAGGUCUGCAGGUUAUGUUGUGUUUCCUUAGGUAAAGAUGGCUGUAUGUACAACCAUCAUGGGUUCCAAUUUAUGUUGAAGAAAUGCUUAACUGCAAAAAUGGUCAUUUUAGGGAUUCCCAAAAUAAUUGAAAUUCUGGAUCCAUUUUUAAGAUUAUAGCUUAAACGGACCAAAAAUGAAGUGUAAUGCCGUUUUUUUUUUUCUUUUUUACACACAAUGUCAUGUUUAACACAAAUUAACCUUGUACACCAAAAUAGUUUACACCUUAAUUGAUGCACAAUAUCUCCUUCAAUGCCAGAUCUGGUACCAAAACCAAAUAGUUUAAAUUUCUUGGUACCAGAUCCGACAAAACCUUAAAGGAAAUAUUCUGCAUCCGCUAAGGUGUAAACAUAUAGGGGCAUGGUAGCUUAAAGAAACAAUGCAGGGUCCUGUGGGUUCUGUGCUGGGCUAAAUUCUCAUUGACAAGGUUAGACCGUGGUCAGACAAAUCACAGCACCCGAGGAUUAGUGCAGUCAUAUACGGAGUGUGUCCAGAUGGAUUACCUAUUGGGAACAUGGUACAUAGUGAAGAAGGACAAAAUUAGUGAAUACAGUUUUAAAAACAAUCCUAUUAGAAUCCAUGAAUAUAGAACCCAGCAUCUAGCCAUUGUACAGCGCUAUGGAAUCUGAUGGCGCUAUAUAAAUAAUAAAAUAAUACUAUAUUGCAGAAGUAUAUUGCCUUGUUUGUUAUUGUUUUAUAUUUAUACUUCUGCUGUUACAUAUUCUUAGAAUGUCUUCCAGAAAGCUAUGGGUUGAAUCUUUUUGUUUCACAUAAUAGUGGUGUAAGAUCUCUUUUCUAUAUUUAAUUUUAAAAGACGACUCAUUUUUUUAAAUCUGUAUAAUCUGUGUAUGAUACUUCCUUCAUUAGACAAGAAUAGACGCUGUGUGUGCUUCAAGCAAGUUCGGGCAAAAUGCCUUCAAUUAGUAGAAGUACUGUAUUUGUAUAUUUGAUUAUUAGGAUAGCUAUCAUAGUAGAUUUUAAUACGGUGCAGCUUGGGGGCAAAUUGACAGCACCUCCUGAGAUACGGGGAAGAGUUAACACCAUUUAUUGCCCUGUUUGGAAAGCACAGCUGCAGAUCUUGCUGUCUCUUCCCACACAUACGUGGAAAGUCUAUUACCAGUAAACUUCCUGUAGAAACCAAGAACUCAAACAGUCCCCUCCCUCUGUGUUUCAUCAGGUCUUAAUCAGCAAGCCUGUUCGUUAUCCUAACAGCAUUUACUGCUAUGUAAAACACUAAGCAACACAGUGCAAACAGCAGAACUUUAAAGGACUCGUUCGAGACAGAACUCCACCUUCUCACCUUGAAAGGUGGUUUAAAUCUGAGUUUUCCAUAGAUCUGUACUCCCAUCCUAAAACAUAAUACAGUGAACUGACAAGUUUGUCUACUUAACUGUGACUUCGUAAAGAAAACAUUCUAUUGGAACAAUUUUUCAACUGAGCUAGUUUUUUUUUUUUGUUGUUUUUUUAAAAUCUCGUCUAUUUUGGACUAAAAGUUGCAUUUUCCUCCUCAAUUCUUCUGAUUGUGCUUCAGUCGGGGCAUGUAUUCUAUAACGAUGCUUUAUCGAACGGAGUCGUUCGUUAAAUUGUAAAUGGUCAGGAAUGAAAGUGAAUUUUAUAUCUCAAGUCAAAAGGUAACUUGGAGAAUGUUUCCAGAUCUAAAAUAAAUAACUGCUAGAAUCCUGUGAGUGUUCUUAUUUAUAACAGCAGUACAAGUCUAUUGUGAAUCAAUAAUCACAAUGUUUAGGAUGGGUAGCAGUGUUGCCAUUACAAACCUGGCUUAUUCACAAUCUUGUGAUUCUCCCAUCAAGUUACUAGACUGAGAGUAGGCUACGCAAAUGAAAUUAUAUUGCCAAUCCAAGGCAAUUUUUAAAGUAGCAAGAUUCACUUCCACUGUAGACAAUGCUUUUUCGGUUUUAAAAUAAUCCAUGGUGGUGUUAUAAUUAUUGUCAGCUGGUGAAAUAGCAUUGUGUGUUCAAGGAACGCUCCGAGCACCAUAACCACUGCAGCUCGCUUUAGUGCUUAUGGUGCCAGCACAGAGUGCCCCAAUGGCCACACCCUUGUAUGGAGUCAAACCGUUUUUUAAUGUUUUAGCUUCUUAGCUGGGGUCUGCCGGGAGCUGCUGCCUGCCGUCAUAACAGCACCGGAGAGCUGUAAGUUGCCAGGCUUAGCUCAUUGGCUGACAGAUCAGCUGACACUCGCAACCAAUUAGCUAAGCCUUACAUUUAAAGGCUUAGUUCAUGAGGCUAACGGACAUUCUUGUUUAGGAACUUCAGGCCCUGUCAAUGGUAGUGGUGGCAAGGAGCAGCAGACUCUAGGCAGUUUUCCUUUACUUCUUCAUUGCCUAAAAUAAUUACUCAGUCUGUAGUUUUUCCUGUGUAAAUAAAAUGUUUUCAAUUUAGAUUGGUAAAAUAACAGCUGCACCAUUAAAAGGGCACUAAAGGCUCCAAAACAACUUUAUCUUUAUAAAGCAGUUUUGGUGUAUAGAUCAUGCCUCUGAAGUUUCACUGCUCAAUCCACUGUCAUUUAGGAGUUAAAUCACUUUUGUUUCUGUUUAUGCAGCCCUAGCCACACCUCCCCUGGCUGUGACUGACAGUCUGUACGAAAACAAAUGGUUUAAUUUCCAGUCAGAUGUUAACUUGCUGUAGAUUCUUUUACCUUCUGCUCUGUAAAUUGAACAUUAAUCUCACACACAGGAGGCUCCUGCGAGAGUCUAGAAGACUAUUAACAGAGCAGGAAAUAUUUUAUUUAUUUUUUUCGAAAUUAAAAAUACUGUGCAAUAAAGGAAGUAUAAACAUUAGAUGACACUUUACAGGAAGUGUUUAGGAAGGCUGUGCAGUCACAGCCUUCUUAAACACUUCAUGUAAAGAAUCAUCUAAUGCAGUGAGGUGUGACAAUGCAGUAUAAACAAAGCAAAUUAAUGUCUAAAUGGCAGAGAACUGAGCAGUGAGACUGCAGGGGCAUAAUCUAUACCCCUAGACUGCUUCAUUAAGCUAAAGUUGUUUGGUUCCUACAGUGUUUUUAUUUAAGCAUAAAUGGAAACCAGAGAAAUAUUUCACUGUACCGUUUCUUCUAAAAUACUUCAGUUAAUCCAACACUUUUUUCAUUAUUAUUUAGCAUAAUCUGUUGGGCAUUAGUAAGUUGUUGUCCCUCUCAUUUAUAUUUAAGAAAACAGGGUAAAAUAAAGGAACUUGCCUUGCUGGUUUGAACGCCCCAUCUGACAUCAGUGCUUCUCUCAUGAGGUCCAAUCAAAUUCUUCUUAUAUAGAAUCAUUUGGUUGGACUGUCCCCACCUGCUCAGGGCCAGGAAGGAAGGAAAUGGAGGGUGGACAAAGGGAUAUAACUUAAAAAAAAUAAAAACUAGCACUAAACAAUACAAGGAGGCUGAAAAGAGGGGGAGGACAUUGCUACCUGCAUGGAUAGAAGCUGAUGAUGUCUGUCGCCAGUGCACAGUGCAAACGUUUUGCAUAUAAUUGACAUUAGACCAUGUAGAACAGUCAUGUCUGCCGGAAACACUAGUGAAGAUAAAUCUGGUGGUUGGUGUAACCAUUGAAUGUUAUUUAUAUAAUGCCACCAACACAUUCAGCAGCAUUGUAGAAUGAGCGUUAAUAUGUGCAAUCUAUAAAUCUAAGGCCUACAAAAUGUACAUAGUAAAUUGGAGGGGGAGUUUUGAAAUUUUAGUGGUGGUGGGGGUUUUUUUGUUUUUUUUUAAAGAUGGUAGAUCUUUUUAAGGUGGCUUUUUUUUUUUUUUUAUUGUAUUCUGUCUGGAAUUUAUAUUAGUAAAAGCACAAUACACACAACAUGGAAUUUUAGUGUUUGGUCUGCUUUCACCUUAGAAUGGCACAGAGACCACAAGAAGUAAUUUGUAUACUGUAUAUUCUUUAUAUAUGUGAUAGGACAAAUGUAAAUGCACAAUGUACAUUUUCUUGCUAUUUUCCAUGAACCCCAUGUACUGCAAAUAAUUAUGUCUAAAGGUUUCUUUUUCGCUCUCUCUCUUUCUUUGCAGUGCUUGGAGAAGUUUCCUGUGAUUCAACAUUUUAAAUUUGGCAGCCUUCUCCCCAUCCUCCCUGUCAAACCUUAAGAAUCUAGAGUGACACAAGCAGAAGCUCUUGACGCAAUGCCCUCUCCUCUUAACACCAUUCCAACCACAGAAUGGCCUGUUCCACCCCAUGCUUAUAUUUUUACACCCAUUGUGGACGAAAGGGAGCAGUGGCUUUUGUCAUUGAAUCUUAAGAAGGACGUUCGUGUUUAGCACUAAACGCAUUUAUGUACAAACAUAAACACCUUGGUGCAACUUCACACAACACCUAAAUACUUAUAUUUUUCUUGAAAGAUGCAUUAAUUAUACAAGGACAAGAAAUAGUGUAAUAUAUCGAAUAGUGAACAGUUCUUCCCUCAAACUAGUUGAUUUUUAUCUUGCAUUCUUCAGGGAAAUAAAUAUUACACAUGAACUGUAUUUUUGGUACUAUCCCAGCAUAAUAGGUAUUUGAUGUCGGCACACAUGGACAUUCAUAAGAGAAAGAGGGGACCAAAAGGUAGGUAAAUGGUGAUCGUAAAAGCUUAGGCACAUUCCUUUUACUACUUAAAACAUAAAAUAGUCACAUGUAAAAUCCAAACUUGCUGUGCCGAUUGUUUUUUUUUUUGUUUUUUUUCUCCAUUCGGCAUCUUUAUAAACCUGGCUUUUUAAUUGAGAGGGGCAAGUUUACCAAACUGCACACUGAAAAACCUCUACCCAUAAGUAGGCGGCUUCUUACAAUUGACUUUGUGUGAGCAUUUUAUUUAUAUUAUCUAUAUAUAUAUAAUAUAUAUAAAAUUAUAAAGUACUGUUUACCUACCUUCUGCCCCUCUCUUGCUCUUAUGGAUGUAUGUGAUGGAAGUCGCCUUUCUCUUCGGAUUGGACAAAAAAAACAAAAAACCGCUAUUGAGCAAUAUUGAUUCCUCUGACUAAUGUGAGCUGGAAAUUCAGUAGUUUGGGGCGGAUGUUUGUACAGUAGUCAAAGCAUAUUUCACCAUUUUUGUCCUUGUUUUUUGUGUGACAUCGUUACCAGAAUCUUUGAAGAUAAAUAGAAGUAUUCAUGAGCCAUGUUUGCACAGAUAAAUUUUCUUUGUUUUAAUUUGUUCAUGAGAGCUCACAGUGGAUAUAGAACACAAAUUUUCCCCUGCGCUAAUCACUAUUGACAUUUGUUUAUAUUAGCGCCAAUUAUUUCACCUUGGGUUUUUUUUUUGCACUAAUGCUAAACAUGCUUUUAUAUCUGCUUAAAUUGGCAAGAACAUCCCCAGCACAUUCGACCAUAAGCAGAUCCAUUGGUUUCCUAUUAAAUUGGAAAUGGGACGAUGUGUAAUAUGUCAAGCUUAAAACCAGAAGAUAAACAGUAUCUUGAAAACUCACCUGGCACAAGGGACAAACCUGACAUCAUACAGAUUGGGAUUAUUUUGUUGCAGGACACUCCAGUGGGUAGAUUGAAACUCUUCCGUGUAUGACAAGAUGUAGUUUAAUUGUUUCUUGUAUUGCUAAUGUAUUAGAGCCAGCUAUAAGGAGCCUUGUGUAGGAAUAAUAAUCAGUGUCAAGGCCAUUGUUCUACUUGAAGGACACGUGACUGCCAGACUCCUGCUUUCCUUUGCAUUGUGUAGGUCUUGUGAGGGAACAGCUCAAUAAAAUAUCAAGACUCUUGUAUGGUUGGUCUACCACUGUUUAGAAUGGGAUAUUUGUGAAUAAACAUGUUUCCGCAGUUGUAAGUAACAGCCUGUUUUUAAAAAGUGGGGGGGGGGAAUCUCAUUCAAGAAUUAAGCACCUUACCUCGUAUGUAAUGCUAGAAAUUUUGCAUAUUUUGUAAAAUUCGCCCUUUAAAUUAAAUCUUUAGUAUUAGGAAUACAAAGCUGCUCUUUCUUCCCC